UUAAAUAUUCAUGAAAUAGAGAAAAAUUAUGUUUCGUGUAUGGUUCUGGAUUAUGUUUUAGUUAAAAUGUGGUUCACUAACUAAAUGAUCAGAUAAAACGAGUCUAUGACUGCGCUAUAUUUUUAAAGUUAUUCGUCUUUUUUUGUUACUGAGCCAAUAAGUACAAUGUGUUUUAUUGCAUAUGACACUUGUUAGGAGAUCUCUUUCGACAAAGUUGAUACCCCAAAAACAGUAAGUGAAUAAAUAGUAGCUUUAAUUAUAUUUGUCUAUAAUAUAUUUAUUUGUUUGUACUUAUUAUUUUUUUUUAUUAAACCCAGGGAGGAAAACUAUUUACAGAUAUAUAAAUUAUAUAUAUAUAUAUAUAUAUAUAUAUAUAUAUAUAUAAAAUAAUGUAAACAUUACGAUAGAUUUUUUUUUUAAAAAUUAAAAGUGUUUGAGGUCUACAAAACUUAAAACAAUUAUGUAUAUGGAUUCUUUAUGCUAUCAUUGUUUGUCUCCUAUUAUAUCGUAAUUACAAUAAUCUAUGUUAGGUUCUAAUUGUCCUAUUUUGAUGGAUGCCAUGUAAAAUAUUUUUACACUUUCUGGUCACCAGAUGGUAUUUAACCCAUUGCUAUCUUGCAAAAAGGAACACCUAUUCUUCUUACACUUUCAUUUUACCCCUUUUUGUACAGCCAGCAGCCCAGCCCUUGCAGUUCAAGUAUUUUAAUCUCUCCUUCCGUACCCUCUAUCCCCAUUUUACAUUCAGGCUACCAAAACUUUCUCCAACUUUUUCCGUCCAGCAUCGACACCCUUAUUCCGUACCUUCUCAACCGUUAUACCACCUAAGUUGCCAUUGUCAACUUCCCCAUAGGCUCUCUCUCUCCUGUUACACUUUUAGCUUCCACUUUACUUCUUAACUUCUCAUCUACACUCAGGCCCACUGAAAAUUGCCGAUUAUUCUCUCUAAAUCCAUUUUUUUAUAAAAAAUUAUCAGUUAUAUAUUUGGGAAGAUAAAAAAAUUGGUUAACAUUUAACUGUUACAAAAUAGACUAAUAAAUGUUUAUCUAUAUGCUUCUCUAUGGGUUAGUGGUAGGGCGACUACUCUGAUCCAUUAUUGUAAGUAUAUAAAAGUACUUUUCUCAAAGGGGAAACAUACUAAGAAAGAAAUUAUUUACUUCUUUCAUGUUAAUCCUAUAACAUUUUGGUAGCUAUCAACCAAAUAAUUAAAGAAACAACAAAGUAUGUAAAUAGAAAUGCGAAAAUAUAACUUUAUAGAUGAAGUGCUUUGUAAACUGCGUUAACUAGUUUCCCGCUGGAAGUAAACAGAUGGGAAUCUUAAGAAGAAACACGUAAGCAUCCUAAAGAAACAUUGCACCAAGAAAAGCACAGUGACGACAAAUCAGCCAUAUGCUUUUGAUUGACCAACAAUGUUAUUUUUUUAAAGAUCAUCGCAAAGUUUUAUGAGAACUGUGUUUUUCAUGAAGGAAUAUGUAGUCCGAGGGCACCAAUUGAAUGCGAUAUGUUAAUAUUUUCUAUGAGCAAGGAUAGCUCUCUUAAAGAAACAGUCUGCCAGUAUUGUCUGAAUGUUGCCAAUAUGAGGAUAGAUUAUGGCAUUAAUUUUUUGCAUCGUGUCCACCUUGGUGCCUAGUUCCUUCAGCAAUAUCCCCGCUGGCUUCAGGUACAUUUCCAUUUCCUGGACUCUUUAACUUCAUCGGCACGAGUACCUCUUGACAUUUUUGGCAGCGUGUGCCGAAAAUCUACUGAAAGCAUAAAUGUCAGCCCCCCCUACCCAUCCCCCAUUCUAUAAUCAACAGACGAUCAUUGUCCAGAUCUAUUAUAGAUAUGCCAAUCACUAAAAAGGCUCUUCUUUGGGUCUGAGUGCAUACGUUCAUACCAUAAAAACACUACCUGGAAGAGAUCUAGCAUCGACAUUGGUCUUUUUUUAUGUUACACUCUGAAUGAUUAUUGUCGAUUAAGUGAGCGACAACCAACUGUAAGAGUGGACAGGCAGGUCACCCAGCAGUAGAAUAGUUACACUUAACGAUGAAUCUACGGCCAAAGCGAUCUGCCGGCUAUACCAUAUAUCCAAGAGAAUCAGAUUUGUUAGAAAAGAGUUUCCAGUCCCAAAAGAAAAAAAAAGAGAUUUCCUAAUUCUUUAAUUACGCAGUUUAAAAUAAAGUUAUAAACGUACAUCUGCUCCAUCGUAAGGAGUGAUACUUUGGCGUUAAUGUAACUUUGCAAAUGGAUGGAAUUGUAAUUCUUCCUCGUCCAGUAACUAUUUCCAGCAUCCAGUUUUAGUUCGUUCUGGAACAGGUAGACAGGAGCUAUCGAUUUUUUUUCCCAAAACGAUGAAGCAGCUAGUUUUUAAGUGUAAUCAAAAAUGUAUUUUACAUUUUAUUGUUGCAACUAUUAGUGAUGUUUGUAGAUCUAAAAAUCUGUAAAUAAUUUUGAAAUUUAGUGACAGUUUUAGGGCUCAGACAAGGUACAGAAAGCAAAACUCGUGACACAAAGGUUCUCGGCUUGUUGGAAUAUUCUUUUAUAAGAUAUGCAUGUAAGAUCCUGCUCUUAGUCUUGUUCUAGAAGAUCAAGAGCUUUCAAGCUGAUCUGUAGAAAUUACGAUGAACAUAACCUUCGACAUUCCUGAGGGCCUGGAAAGACGUUGGCCUUCUCACUUGAACAAGUAUUAGCCUCAAGUAGAAGCUGUCUUUCAUGUAGACAGUAAUUACUCCACUGAUAGCAUUAAAAAUGUGUGUUCCUCAUGUAACAACCAUACAUCGGCUUGCCCCGAUAGUAUGUUUUUUUAUAUUUUUAUUUCCACGGUUAUUAUUGAGGAAUAUCGGAAGGACGUGGAUAACAUUGUUUUGUUUGCAAUAUAUAUUUUGACAAUUCACCAUGUGGACUGCUAGAUGAACCACGGUGUGGGGUAGAGGGGGGGGAUUCCUUAAUUGAUUCAUUGCCAAUAGUUCACGUUGAUGUUGGCCUUGAAUGUUCAACACAAAAAUGUCCAAUAUGGUACCUUCCACCUAUUUUUCAACCAUAUAUUCCACUGCCGGCUUCUAUGUAUGUAGAUACGGUAUCCGUUACUACCUAUUUUUACUUCCUUAACUAGCUGCUUGGGGUACUUCUAUGGUCAGUGUCCGUCUUGCAAGCCCCAGCCUUUAUAAAUAAGAGCUCCACUUGGUCCAUGAUCUAUACUUGCUUUAACAAUCUCAAAAAGGCUUUUGGUCGGUGUCAGGAUCAUGAAUUUUCGCACAUAUGCAAUAAUGAUGACCACUUGCUUGGACUUUUUCUCAGGCCGGACCUGUAUGUGCACAUGUGGAAGACCUCAUUUCUGACAUUCAAUGGAAUACACGUGGAACAAUACACAUCCGAAUACAUAUUGCCUUUAGUUAGAAAUGACAUGAAACAUUUCACCUCCAAAUGGAAUAUUCUUGAAACAUUUUCGCGCAUAUCAUGGGAAUUCUGUUGUUCGAAUAAUUUCACUUGAAUCACUGUCGAAUGUUAUUUAAGAAAUCUGGCCUGAGAUAGGUUCCGCUGUAUAUCAUGGCAUCGUAAGUCUUUUUGAACGAGUUAAAGAAAAAGGUAACAGUGAAGCUUUCGAAACAUUGUUGUCAUUUCCGUCAGUACAUAAUGCAUCUUUCAGGUACAUUAAAUUAUCUACACGGAGUGCUGUCUGGUAGGUCUAUAGAAAGAGCAAACGUUUAUAUUCAACGUUUGUAUAUAUGUCAACAACGAAUCAACAUUGAAAUCCCAUGAAAUGCUGUUAACUGUUAGAUGUCAUUGAAUGAGUUGCGAAAGGAUCUUUUGAUCAAAGAUCUACGGAUGACUAUGGUCGAUACGUUAAGGUAACGAGUUUAUUCACUACCUUUGCCGGCUAUUUCGACUAUCUCUUUUCUGGUAUUGACGAAACCUUACUUUAAUCAGGUGUAAAUAGACCUGUACAGUUUUUGUCUUGGCUAGAGGAUGUAAGUCCAUCUAAUGGGAAUGCUAGUGGUACAAAUCUCCACAGAAAUUGCAAUCUAUUAAAUCUAAAGCAUAUAUAUAUAAAAUUUAGAAGAGGGUGAAACAUUUAAAAUUUUAUUUAAUCAGUGCAAGAUGAUAAUCAAACACUUACAAAUUGUACAUUACAGAUGUACUUUGGAUAAUAUAAAAACAUGCUUUUAAAUGAGUAAUACUACAUAGAAAAUGAUCAUAUUAUCUUAAAUUUAAAUAGCAGAAAUAUGUAUUGACUUUCUUGAUAUUAAAAAAUAUUUUAUGAAUCAUUUCCAUCUUUUCUCUUUCUUGAGCUAUACAGUCGUGAAACGUAGCUCAAUAUGCAUCUUACUGUCAUUGUGUUUGUAACUCUUUGCAUGAGUUCACAUGUCACUUAUUCUGGUAAGAAGCAUCUUUAAUUGUAAUUUGUAAAUUUUUUUUUGCAUGUAAUGCGAAAUCAUUCUAAUCAAAGUAAUGCGUACAUCAAUAUCUCAAUUCAAUAUCAUAAGUUAACAAUAAUAACAGCAAGCGAGAAAACAAGAUAAAAUACCGUGUGAUACACUUUCGACUGCCUUUUUAAGAAACGUAUUUUUGUGCAACACUAGCACUAAUACACUUUCCUUCACUGUUAAAUGUUUGAUACAUUAAUAAAUUUAAAAAGUGCUUCAGUUAUUUAAAACGGUAUAAUUUAAUAUAUUUGACCACUCCUUACACACAUGACUUCGUAUUAUUCUUCAGCUUGUCCAUCUGGUUGGUUUGGUUCAAACUGUACGUUUCAGUGUCACUGUACAUCGAACUGUACCACCCCAACAACAGAAUGUCCAAGCAAUUAUGAAUGUGAUAAAGAAUGGUUUGGAGCAGCGUGUCAGUACAGUAAGUCUUUUGGUUUUAAAAAGCGAUUGAAAACUUGGUUUUAACAUUUAUAAGGUUAAAUUGGACAAUCAAGUUAAUUUUUUUUUAUAUUGGUAAUGUGAUGUGAUACAAUAAAAUAAAGGCUGAUGAUUAGGCUUUAAUUAGAAGUAUAUUUUAAAUUUUAGGCAUACUAUAUUUUAAAUCAUUUUGCUGCAUAAAUAUUAACUCUUGAUAUUAAAAUAUGCAAUUUAUUCAAUAUUUUUUUUAAAUACAUCAUUUUAAAAACUCGACAUAAGAUUUAAUUCAAUCUCGAUUCAAAGUUAAGAAGAAAAAAAAGUACAUCUUAACAAAAAAUGUUCUUUUAAUGUUUCCAAAAAAUUUAACUUGGUGUGGUCUUUAUAUGUUAGAUAUAAAAAAAUAAAGUGAAAUCCCUUCUAGUCUUAAAAGUGUAAUAUUACUAAACAUACUUUGCAAUUUCUAUAGUUAAGCGUAUUUUCAGAGAAUGGUAAAAAUAAUUACUUGUAUACAUAUUUUAAUUAGAAGCUAUGAACCUCAAAAAUGCUUUAAUAAUACAUAAAUGGUAGUCUAUUGGUAAAUAGAAAUCAAUUUUUACUAAAUACUUUUUUCAAUUUAACUUACGUAUAGAUAGCCUUGAGCACAAAUGUUUUGCUUAUCAUAACAUAGAAAUAAAUAUGUGAAGCCACAAUGAUUUAGAGAAAAAAAGACACACUAAAUGAAUCGUUUUGACACUUUAUCGUAGCUACCGUACCUGGCAUCAAUGGUGAUAUACCGUAAUAAGUGUCUUUAUGGGUAAAAAACGAUUCAUAAAACUUAUUUCUAAUAAAAUUAAGUCCCGUCCCAAUAUGACAUUGUCAAUGCUACUGAAAUGUCACAUUUUGAGGAAGAAAAACAAACCUUUGAUUCAUUCGUGUUUGGGUGUCAGAUCCUGAAAACAGAAAACGAAAGACACAAAGGUAAAAAUCAAUCAUAGGAUUACGUCGUUUCAGAUGGAUUUGGGGAAGGAAUUGAAAUGAUAGUUCGUUCGUCAAAAUUUGAUCAGAGCAUUUUAAACAUUGGCUUCUUGCUGGGGUUGAAUAUGUCUGUGGGUGCGCAGAUGGCUGAUCAUGCCAAUUCUGUUACAAAAUAAUCUGAGCAGAAGAUGCAAGGAAUGGAUAGGAACAUUCCAAUUACAGAGUUAUGGUGGGCUUUUUUUUCCUCCUCUUUGUGGUCUCAAGCAGCUGUUCUGCUAGCUCAUGUUGCAUUGAGCCCUUCAGUAUUGACAAGCGAAACAAGUCAUCAUUUUUAAGGAAUGUUCCUUCGUGUCAAGGUAAAUUUGAAAUGCCUUCAAAGAUGCUUUCAGUGUGUCUUUUGAUCAUUUGUAUGUCUUGCAGAAGAUCGCCUGCCCUACUUGAGUUGGCCAUAUGAUUUUCUUUUGGGCCAGCGGUCGUCUGACACUUUUGCAACAUGGGUCGCCCGGCGAAGCUGUAACUGCAUAAAUAUGGUGUGUAUGUUGGGAAGACCUGCUUGUGCGAGUACCUAAGGAUCUAGCAUCUUGUCCUAACAUUUGAUGCUAAGGAUUUUUUGGAGGUUUAACGUGUGAAAGGGAUUUAGUUUCAUGGCAUGGUAUUGAUAGACUUUCCAUGUUCACUUGCAAAUAUUAACAUUUAGAGCACAGCUGCCUCGUAAAACUUCGUUUGGUUUGGGUACUGAUGCCUCGCCUUGCCAAUACAUAAUUAGACUCUUUUUCUGAAUGUUGGGCUGCCUAUCGCAAUUCGAAUCUUCACCUUAUCAUCAGUGAUUACUCUUUGGAACAGUGUGCUGUCACGGUAACAGUAGCUGUUUACAACUUAAAGCCUUUCGCCAUUGAAUUUGAUGUUGGGUCCGAUAUGAGGUUUUCGUUGAGCUAGCUGUACAAGAGCUCAGUCUUCUUUGCAUUGAAGGUAAGUCAAAAGUUUCUGCAAGCAUCCGAGAAAUUUGCAACAGUGUGUUGCAUAUCAGCCUUUAAUUUAACGUUAAAGACAUAGUCGUCGGCAUACAGAAAGUCAGAGAUGUUGUCUGUCUCGACCUUGUUAUUAGCGUUUAGUGUCCUGAGAUAAAUACUUUAUCAUAUUUUCUUCCAUUUGUUGGUUCAUUGGCAGCGGCGAGAGUGCAUUUAUCAUCAUCAAACUUUGUCUUUUUCACACACUUGUGAUUCCUUUUCCCUUUUGGUCGUCUUUUUUUCGUUGUAAGUAAAGGUUGAGCUUGGUGAUUAUAAGAAGAUGAUCUUUCUAACAGUAUGCAGAACAUACAAGCUUGGUGACACGCACAUCCUGACUUUACUUGAUGUUAUGUCAAUGUUUUGAGCAAGUGUGUAUGAUAUCAGUUUUGCCGACUACGCGUAGGAAGGUGAAAGACUAUUUAGACAAUUAGCCGUACAUCCUGGGCGAAAGUCUCGAGCAAGAGAAGACUGUUUGUGUUUCAAUGGUCAACGCCAUGCUUUUUUACUACCCCAUUCCAAGGUUUCCCCCGUGGCCCUUACGAGCAUUAAAGUCGCUGCUGUGGAAUAUCAGUUAUAACAUUGUGAAAAUCCUCAUAGAACUUGGUAUUUACUUUAUUUGUGUUUUUCACCGUUGGAGCAUAGCAGCUGAUGAUGUUGAAGUGUUUUCUUUCUGAUAAGAGAUAGGAUUUAAUAGUUAUUACGACAUUUUGACUCCACUUGUAAGUCCAGCCAGCGUGCUAAUCAGUGCAGUUUUUAAUAGCAAUACCAAUAAGAGCGUCACAACGUUGUACGCUUCCUCGGCAACUCCAAAAGAAGGUGUAACCAAAGCUAGACACCAGGACACAUAUUAAUCAUGGACUCAUAAACAUUUGAGAUGAAUAUGAAAUAUAGCCAGUGUACAAUCAUGGAAAAAGAAAACGUGUCCAUAUACAAAUAAACAUUAUUGCUGUUAAUAUCUCUUCAAGGAUUCAAUACUUGGAGUUUCGGGGAAAUAGAGAUAGUUGUGUCGACAAACAGAGUUUCAGCAUGUGUGCUAUGCAAGUACUUUUUUUCUAGUUAUAAAAUCAUAUUUUAUUCAGGAACUAUGAUUUUUUUUUUUGCAUGGUGGUAAGCAGCGAGAAAAGUUUAUUCAUCUGAGAAGCAGUGCUAUUCUAUUUGUGAUUCCAGCUUUAACCAGUGUACAGUAAUCUUCUUUGUGGUUUAUAACACUAAAGAUCAAGCAGGGAAAACUACAAAUAUUCCCAAGUGGCAAUAUAUCCUUCCAUAACUCAUAUUAUUGGUAUAGCAUUAAUAAGCAUGACGGCUAGUCUAAAAUGAACGUAAAAUUAACUUUAGAAUUAUCAUUUAACAUAGAAUGAUUCAUACGUUUUUGUUUUUGUUCCAUAACUAUAACAAUGGUUCAUCUUUAACUUAAACAAAAAGUUGGGUUACUUUCGCAAAAUCCACAACUCUGCAAAGUAUGCUAAUCUAUGGAAAAGUUAGAUUUAAAUGUUAACAUUUUUUUAAGAUAUCAUAAUUAAAUUGUAAAUUGUUGAUACUUAUCUAUGCUCCAUCUUAUUAUUUUCUUUUAUCAACAGAGGAUUUAUCUAAUUUAACGACUACCACUAUUGACUGCAAUCCUAAACAAAAUGAUAUCACUUGGCUUAUUGAUAGAAAUGAUAACACAUGCAACCCUGCAAACAAUUCGCAAUCAGUUGUUAUAUCAUUUAUUGAGCCUUAUCCGUACACUUGGUUGAGAAUAGCAGUUAAUGAUGCAGGUAUUAUUUUGUUUAGUAUAUAAUGCUCUUAUUUGUAAUUCAUUAAUUUAAUAUUAUAAGUAAAUUAUAUUUUAAAUGUUUUUAUUUAAAAUGUCUUCACUUAUUUUGAUAUAAAAUAUUAAACAUAACAUUGAAGGAUUUUUUAAAGUAAAUAUUCAAUUUCUUUUUUAAAGCAAGUUUUAACAGUUUACAAGUCUCCUUCAAGACGAACUCAUCGGCAGAUAUGGCUUGCACUAACCAAAUAAAAACCACAAUAGAUGCAAAAAGAAUUGACAUCCGUUGUAAUACAAUGUUUGAUGUGAAGCAAGUGAUUGUGCAAGGUCAAGGUCUCAGGUCAUUGUGUUCCGUUUACAUUAAUGGAGGCAAGAACUUCGUUUAACUUCUUUUUUUACUUAGUAGUUAAUCGAGUCAUUUCAAUCAUAGUUUUUAUAAUGCAUUGCAGUUGUAAAUAUGGGUCCUUAAUAAUAUUAUAUUAUUUUUAUGGAACCAAGCUAUUGCUCCUUUAUGGCAUCGGCAAGCACUUUACAGUCAAGCUGCAAUCUGCUGGGUAUCCCUUUAAUCUGAAAUUUCUGCAUUGAUGUCUGGAGUGGGAGUGUUUGUUCCCUGUCCCUCCAUUCCUUAGAAUUGGGCUCUCGGCUCAUAGUGCACCACUGUCUUUGGUGCCUGUGACGAUAUCUUGGUUCCCGAAGUGGAUGUAACCUAUUUAUGUAGCUUCGAGUAGGACAAUGUUGUAUUCUCAUCUGGUGGAGGAUCUCCCUUUUUGUUACUUUGCGGCAUUUUUCUUUAAAGUUUACGGGCUUUUUCGCCGUUUUCCCAAUUCCCCAACCCUUCCUCUUGGAAGUGUUCUUUUACCUAGGCCUUGAACCCCAAUCGGGUCACUGGCCUGUUUGGUUGUGGUUGGACAGAGCCUUGAUCGCUAGAUUGUCAGCUCUACUAUGUUGGGGAAAUCACGCGUGUCCAAGGAUUUCUUGAUGGUCCACUUUGCCUUCUUGUGACUGUAUGUUUUGCCUGACAUACAGGCAAUGAAUAUUUCAGCCCAAUAUAAAUAUGAUUUGUUUUUUUGGCCGAAUUGUAGUGCUUCCGAAAAUAUCAAAUGUUUGGGGGGGGGGGGAUUUUUUUGGGGGCUAUUUCCUGGGCCUAUAUAUUGUGCUUUUUUAAGGGUGCUUCCGAAAAUAUCAAAUGUUUGGGGGGGGGGGGGGAUUUUUAUGGGGGCUAUUUACUGGGCCUAUAUAUUCUGCAUUUUUAAGGGGGCAUAUGUGUAACAUAUGUAUGGGGCAUCUAAAACCUAAGAUACAAGAAACAAUGUUGUAAUGAUUGAACUUUUUAUCGUUAAUUUUAUUUUUAUUUGUCAGUAUUUAUGCAUUGCUCCUGUUAAAAAACAUUUUUAUUUGAAGUCGUUUAUUUGUGCUACAAUUAAAAUUGAAGGACCAAUUUAAAUUGUGUUAUAAUUGGCUUAAACCAUUUAUCUCAUGUGAAUAUUAAAAAGUAUAUACACGAACUACAACAUCAAGGAGUAUUUGACUCCCUCGACAAUUUUUGAAAAUACUUACUAAGCAGAGAAAAUCGUAGAUUUGUUUAAUUUAGUCGACAUGCUUCGAGGUAUUUUCGAAGUCAAGACUAAUUAAGUUGUUAACAAAUAAUGCUACAAUGGAUUUUUUACAUUAAGGUUUAGUUACUUUUUCAUUUGCGUUAAACGAUUAAUACAAAUUAAGAUUAUAGGUAAAUUGUUAAACAGUUCUUAAAAUCAUCACGUGUAUGCAUCACAUGUAUGCAUCAAAUGUUUAUUUGAUUAGUUAAUAAUAUUUUUGUUUCUCUUUUUUGUUUUCUUUGUUUUAUAAAAUACGACUUCACGUCUCAUCAUAAAAAAACAAUAAAGUAUCGAAUAAAUAACAUUUUUGAUAUUUAAAAAAAAAAAAAAUUAAACUUGCAUUUAUUUCCGGGCGUUCUAAGAAAUCAGCAACGUGAAAUAUCAAGUUGAAAAUAUACCUAAUAAUUUAUACAUAUAGAAUUACUAAAGUUGAAUGAAUUCCAGGCAUAAAAGCUUUAGAUUAUUCCAUUAAGGUCGCAACGUCGCAUUGAAACAACUCGCUGUACAAAGUUCUACAUACAGUGGCGAAGGUGAACAAAAAGCAGAUGCUACAAACGCAGUUGAUGGUGUCACAACUAACAUAUUUAAUAAAGGAUCUUGUACUCACACAAAUCCUGGACAUCAGUCACCAAAUUGGAAUUUAACUUUUAUCAAGCAUCCAGUAGUUAACAGAUUUGUUUUAUACAACAGAAAUGAAGGUAAGUAGCCAAAGAUCUGUUGUUUUUAUAUCUAUCUAUCUAUCUGAUCUAUCUAUCUAUCGAUCUAUCUAUCUAUCUAUCUAUCUAUCUAUCUAUCUAUCUAUCUAUCUAUCUAUCUAUCUAUCUAUCUAUCUAUCUAUCUAUCUAUCUAUCUAUCUAUCUAUCUAUCUAUCUAUCUAUUUAUCUAUCUAUCUAUCUAUCUAUCUAUCUAUCUAUCUAUCUAUCUAUCUAUCUAUCUAUCUAUCUAUCUAUCUAUCUAUCUAUCUAUCUAUCUAUCAUCUAUCUAUCUCUCUAUCUAUCUAUCUAUCUAUCUAAAUAUCUAUCUAAAUAUCAUCUAUCCAUCUGUCCAUGUGUCCAUCUAUCCAUAUGUCCAACUAUCCAUCUAUCAUUCUAUCCUAUCCAUUUAUACAUCAAACAAUAUAUCCAUAUAUCCAUCUAUCUAUUUAUAUUUCUGUUUCUCUCUAUAUAUGUUUGUAUGUAAAUAUAUCAUAUCAUACAUGUAUAUAUUGGAAAAUGUGCGGGUUUGACUGUUUGUUUCUUUUUCCCCAUACGCUAUUACAUGGAUUGAUGAAUCUUGAACAAAUUUGGCUCAUUUUUUCCAUCAUUAUCUAAAGGGAAACUUUGAGGGGUAUGACAAUUUUUAUAACAAUCCGUUUGGAGCCGUGGGCCCCAUUUUCGUUUUAUUUUUAUAUGAGCUAUAUAAAGAAAAUAAACAACAAAUACUUAUACAUGUAUGGUUGGAUCUUGACCAAACUUAGUACACAUACAAUUUAUUAUCCAUUUUCAAAUAUGGAAGUGUACUGAACUCAUAAAUAUACACCCCUUUGAGGACGAGGGCCCCAUUUAAUUUUUUCUAACAUAAGCUAUAUAAAUACCAAUAGGCUUUAAAAACACUGUAGGUUCUCUGUGAAUGUAUAGAUCUAAAUUAUAAAUCCAUAAUUCACCUGAAUAAUUUUUUCAUGGCCCCCCAUUUCAGAAAAAAACUUAUUCGGUUCAUGUGUGGAAUUGGCUUUUUCUUGAGCACCUCAUUCAACUUAUGUGUACUAUAGUUAUAGAAAAUCAGGGGUCUAAAGCUCGCGGCCCGCGAUUAUUGUGCAGCCGCAAGACGAUAUUUUGCGGUCCGCUACAUAACAGCAAAGUUUAGUGUUAAUGCGGUCCGCACGUUUCCCCAUUCUCAACUCUAUAAUGUGACCCUCCACGACGAUUUCAGUCGAAACUCACCAACCAGUGUUAUUCUGAUUUAUAUCCUAGUUGUAUAGUUUUGGACGUUGAUUAUAAUGGUAAAAACCGUUUUAAAAAGUUUUUAUUUUAUAGAAUUUUAUAAGACUAAAAUGGCAAAAAUGCGAUUUUGAGAAAAGUUUAAAAAGUCAGUUAGUGGGUAAUGCAAAAUCAUAAUUCUGUAAAUUGUAGCACUCUGACACAGCAUCAAAGUAUCCCGAUUAAAAUUGCCGCUAGUGUUUACGAGUGAGUGAAAUUCCAAGCCAGUCAGAUUGGUCACGUUCAAAAUAUUGUUAGCUAAAAAGGCUUUUUCAUUAAAAUUCAUUCUCCCCACAAGAACAUCUUCCUUCCCAUCAAUAAUUUUUCAAUAGUUCCAGCUCUUGCUGACUGUUUGAACACGUUUUAUCAUACAAAGCCUUCAAAGGAAAAGUUUGUUGUCCCUACAUUAAGUGAUCCCAAAUGGCUCGUAACUUUUUUUUGUUGUUGACAUUACACAGGAUCUAAAUGUACUCAACAAGAAGUUACAAGAUCAGGGGUAGCUUGUCGGUGUUGCCUUUGACAAUGUCAGGGCAUUCUGCACACAACUUUUGUAAUGGUUCUUAGAGAAACCUCUGCCAUUUCCCAACAUGCAAAGUACUUAUGGACUCGGGCACACCAAUCAACAGCUAUUUUUAGAUGCCAUUACAAAGCUACAGGAAAAAAUUGAUCACAUGUUGUCAGCCUUAAAAACAUUCAGAGUCACUUUUCAACUUUUUGCCGACUCUUUCUCCUUCAAGGUCGAAGAUGCCCCCACCCCCCACCCCCUCAGUUAGGGAGGUGAAUGGAAAAAGAGACAAACAUGGACUAUUUAUGAGAGAAUUUCCCUCCAUCUUCCCUGAGAUUUCAGGAUUGUUCAAGUGGAUCAUGUGCCUUUAUGGGAGUACCUGUCUGUGUGAAAAGCUCUUUUGCACUAUGAAAUUUAACAAGUCAAAUUUCAGGGCCAAACCUACUGAUGAGCAUCUUCAAUCUGUUCUGAAAAGCUUGAUUGCGUCCUCACUCAAGCCAAGUGGUUCUAAUCUAUGUAAGAAGAAGCGCUGCUAGGUCUCUGGCAACAAAGAAAGUGAAGCCUAGUUCUCGAGUACCCUUAUAAUUUUUAUUUGUUAUUAAUAAAGGUUUGAGCUGAUUGUAACCGUUGAACUAUUGUAUUUGUAAUCGCCUUCUUUGUGGAAUACUUGAUGCGGCCCAUGCGACUUCAUGUCUAUACUUUAAUGAGGAUUUUCUUUAAACAUACCCUGUAUAAUCCUACCUUGAACAAAAUCCCACUGGAACUAUGAUAAAAACGAGAAACAUGACCCUAUAGGGAAACGGGAUCGACCGGGAUCGAAAUACCACGAUUCUACCGGGAAACCGCAACCCACUGAGAUCGGUAUCCCACAGGGAACGGAAACCCACCGGGAUCAGGAUCCCACCGGUAUCAGGUUCCACCGGGAAACGGGAUUACACUUGGGUUAUGAUACAACCGGGAUCAGACCACUCCGGGAAAGGGGAUCCCGACGGAAUCGAGAACCCACAAGAAUCGGGAUUCUACAUGGAUCGUAAAUCUGCCGAGAUUGAACUGGGACUAAGAUUCUACCGGGAUCUGAUCGACCGGGAUCAGGAUACGGACUGGAUUAGAUAUCCACCAGGAUCGGAAUACCGACGGGAUCGGGUACCCAGUGGUAUCGGAAUCCAACCGGGUCUUGUAUACAAACAGGGUAAGGAUACCGAUGGGAUCAGUAUACUGGCGGAUCGGGAUACCAACGGGAUAGGAUACCCACCGGGGUCGGUAUACCGACGGAUUCGGAACCCAACGAUAUCCGGAUCUAACCGGGAUCGGAGAUCAAAUUGGAUCGGUAUUCCUCCAGUAAAGUUAUAUCUAUGUCAUUUUGAAAACGCUUUUAAUGGGACAACUUUUACCUUUUUCACUUUGUUAUUUAUCUGCUUUUUCUAUAGGGCUCCCCCUUCUCAAGCAUAGCUAAAACGGUAAACUUAUGGAAUGCCCGCCCUCCCCCCCCCCCAACCGUGGCCCCUUUUUUAAAUUAAAUGUGCUAUAGUUAUAGUAGAGCUUUUAGGUGUAGUAAUUUCCGUAUUCGAAAGCAAUAAUUACGUAUAAAAGUCUUUCCUUUGCAUGUUACGCGAAGGACAUUAAAUUUAAUCUAGAAUGUUCGAGAAAACUCUAAAUUGUUUUACUGGGAUAUAUAGAAGGAUCUAAAAGCUUAGUAAAAUUAUGUUUAGUUCCAUUCAUAUCUAUACCUUAAUGUUGAUUUUCUCUAAAAAUGAACUUCAUAAUCCUACCGGAAAAAAAAUCCUACCGGAAAAUGAUCCCACAAAGGAACAGUAUCCUAAAAAGGAAAGAGAUUUAACAAUUAACUGGAACCCAUAGUAACGCGAUCCCAUCGGGUAACGGAAUUAAAUCGGGGUUUUUUUUGGUAACGGGAUCCCAUAGCAGAAGAUGAUCUAACCGGGAAACGGGAUACUGAUGGGAACGGAAGCACUGAAAUUUUUCUUCCCACUAGGAAAUGGAAUGCAUCCGGGAUUGGGAUCCACAGGGAUAAAGAUCUCACCGCAAACGGGAUUCCACCGGAUAACGGGAUCCACCGGGAUAGAGAUACAACAAGGAUCGAAUACUAAUGGGGUCGUAAUACGACGGGAUCGGGAUACUAACGGAACCGGAAAAACUAGGGGGGAUCGGGAUUUGGUCCUGAUCGAGAUCCAACGUGAAUUCAACCAUCAUCGGGAGCCCUCUGAGAAACAGGAUCCCAUGGGGAAACAUGAUCCAUUCGGGUCUCACCGGGGAUCGGGAUCCCAUCUGAGAACAAAAGGAUUACAAAAGUUAUUAUAAAUGUGUUUUUUUUAGGAGACUGUUACGCACUGCCUUCUAUUGUGAGAAAUUAAUCUCAUAUUUUAAAUUUAUGGCUCGUUCAAACAGUGCCUGUCAAAGGACGAUACCAUAGAGAAAUACAAUGAAAAAAUACGACACCUGAAACAGUACAGAGUAUAGGAAAAUCGUGUAACGGUACACAAUUAGUACAAUGUGCAAAUUAAUGAUGAAUGAAGAAUGCUAAAAACACAUAUAAGCACACAAAGAAUAAUACACGUCUCGUGAAGUUAAAAAUAUCUAUCUGAAUUCCUCCGACUCUCUCUGUGUCUGUCAAUCCCUUUAUAUAUGCAGCGUAAGCUCUGCCUUCCAGAAGCUACUCAGCAUUUGUUUACGUUCUCGGCACAUCGAGAACCUUCGACAAGAGACUAGGAGACAGACUAACUAUGUUUAAUUGGUGGUCGGUAGUAAACACGAUACAUCAACGAGAUAUCCACGCCCAUCUAUGAACAUAACGUGUGCUAGGAAUUUAAUUUGGGUCAAGCAAAGUUCACGCACGAGGAAAAGUGUCAUACAUAACAGAGACAGAUAUUUUUUUUUACUAUAUGGUAUGGCAUGUUUAUUUGUUUACAUGCUAGAAUAUGUAUGUAUAUAUAUAUAUAUAUAUAUAUAUAUAUAUAUAUAUAUAUAUAUAUAUAUAUAUAAAAAAAAAAAAAAUAUAUAUAUAUAUUUUUUUUUUUAUCUCUUUUUUUAUAUAUAUUUUUUUACUAUAUGGUAUGGCAUGUUUAUUUGUUUACAUGCUAGAAUAUGUAUAUAUAUAUAUAUAUAUAUAUAUAUAUAUAUAUAUAUAUAUAUAUAUAUAUAUAUAUUAAAAAAAAAAAUAAAAAUAUAUAUAUUUUUUUUUUUUUUAUGUUAUGUCAUAUUUAUUUGUUUAUAUGUUAGAAUAUGUAUAUAUAUAUAUAUAUAUAUAUAUAUAUAUAUAUAUAUAUAUAUAUAUAUAUAUAUAUAUUGAAAAAACAAAUUGAAAUAUAUAUAUUUUUUUAUAUUUCACUUCUUUGAUAAAGCUUUACCAACAUUUGAGCUCUUUUCUCUUUUAUUUCGUCUGACGUAUUGCACCUUAAAGAGCUUGAGAUUUCAGAGCUGUUGCAUUGAUACCAUUUCCUGACAUAUUGAAACAUGCACUAAAUGAGCAUUCGAAUACUUUUGCAAAUUUAAUCCUUUCAAAUUUUGCUAUCUCAAGCGAUUCCUUUAAUAAUGUACUAAUAAUCUUUUCUAUACUCUUCUUUCGAUUUGCUUUAGGUUAAUAACUUUGUCGUUGUACUCUCCCAUUUUGCUACAUUACUCUUAUUUAGAUUAUUCUUAGCACACAAAUGAAAUCCGUAAAACAACUUAGUUAAUUUACUUUAUGUGAAGAAAUGUUGGCCUUUGAGAGAGGACUGGGGCCUAAAUAGGAAAUGUUUUGAUAAUUUAAAGUACAGCGAUGUAUGUUGGUUCAUACAUGAAUGUUUGAUGGCAAUUUUCUCGUGAUGCCAUAAGAACGCGCUUAACUUGCGAUUUACGUCUUUUGAGCAAUUGUUUGGCCUUUCAGGUUCCUUGGCGUAGUUGGGCGGGUUAUGGGGUGUGGACCGCGCCGGAUGACACCAUCACAUGGUUUGGUUACCAAAUUUUUUAAAAAAUGCAUAUUUAUUCUGUCUAACGAAAUAUCAUAAAAGGAUAACCGAUCACUCGUCAAUUUUAAUUACUUGUAACCUAUUCAAAUCCUUUCUUCAUUAAAAGUUUAAUGUUGAUGCUUCCGGAAUGAGGUAGCACUAUAAGUAGGUCAGAUCAAGACAGUUUUUACUCCAAUUCAACGCAGAUUGAAGUGGUCGGCAACUUUAUUAUGUGACAGUAAUCUACAGUUGGUAAAUCCACAUGCGAAAUAAAUUCGUUCCGUAACCUUGCUCGUUCUUUAAUUUGCUCGUAUCUCAAAGCAAUGUUCCCCAAUAAAAUUAAAGGAAAUGACAAUAAUCCAUUCCAGCCCCCAAAAUUCCACUCAGUUGUUUUUUUUUAAUUUUUUAUGUGUUUUUUAUAAAAAAACAUAAUCAAAGAGAAUAUAAAGAAAUAAACUGGUCUUACAAAGUGUAUUCACGUUUAAAUCAGCCGACUUGAGCAUGCGGAAGAUGCUUGCGCAGGUGUAGGGUGGAGGAGAUAGGCUUCGUUCACUUACUUGCUACAAAGUUAAUGCUAAACUCUUUCGGUCACUUUAAUUCACUUACUUAUUACAUUCCCAAACUUAUUGGAACUUAAGUAAACUUCUCUGAACUUCAAAGCUUCUGUACAAUUUUUAAUUAAUUUCGCUUAAUUUUCGUCACUGCUUUUCUUUUCACUGGUUUUUGCCUUUUCCCCCAUGUUUUCUUCACUUUCACCUGCAGGCUGUUUAAACAACAACAAAACAAAAAAAAACUGUCCCAGGAGGUUUGUGAGACGCACAAGGCUAGACUGGUGUGUUGUGUGCAGCCCGCCGACCCGCUGACCCAGUUCGUCGUAUCUGAAAUGUUUAUCGUUUUUUAGAGCAAAACAUCGCUCGCUCGAUGGCUCGUAUCUCAAAAAUCUCCUAAAGUUAGGGCAAACGAAUGUGGAGGUACAACUGUAAAUUGAGCUUAAUUCUGAGAAAUAAAUCUUUCCCUUGAAGUAUAAUUUCGUUGUGGUCGGGUUGUUUGAAUCAUAAAGAUUAAAAUAUAAAAACAUUACUUUUUAUCAAUUUAUUGGUUUACAAAAAUAAUAUUUUACCAAAUUUUCUGAUAUCUUUUAAUAAUGCAUUUAACUUUUUAAUUUUUUUUAAAAAUAUAUAUAUAUUGAAACUCAGAAAUACUAAAAAAAAAAUAUUUUCUCCCAUUAGUCAGUAACACGGACCCUUAACAUUUGAACACGAUUGUCAUAUCAUGCAAAAUCUUUUAUUUGCUGUCUGCGAUUUCACAUUUAUCUGCUACCUUUACAUUUGGGCUUAUCUAAUUGAGGAAGUUAAUCUUACUCAGCAGUAUCUGCUGGCUAAAGGCUUUACUCUUGACAAAGUGGUGACCAACUUAGAGGCCUUAAGAUUGUUUCUGAAGAGAAACGCUGUCACUUGGUGGAACAAACUAUUGAAAAGGAACUUUUAAAAUCUUAUCAAUUUUAAAUUUUUGUUUUGAGAGAAGAUUAGAAUUUAUAUAAGAAGUGAAUGGCAGGAGAACUAUUUACGAUCCAAUAUGGGACAGUCAAAGCUUUUUUAAUAUGGUUCUACUAUCAAUUGAAAGUGUUACGGUGAAAGCAAUUGAUUUUGAUCAAAAGAUUGAUAGUUUUGCAACUUUGAAGAGCAGGAAAGGUAAAUUUUAAAUAAAGUAAAUUGAAUUUAAAAAUAACUAUAAGUUUACGUUGCUACAGCUAUUAAAUACAUUUACCCACUGACCUUCAAUUUUUUUUUUUUUGGUCCUCGUUAUAUUGUGGAUUUAUUGUAACCAGACGAAAUCCAUCGUGGAAGUCGGGGGAGGGGGGUUGGCACCAUGAAGUCACCGCACUGGGUGACACCCCCUCUAGCUACGGCACUGUCAGAUUCUCAAAAUUGUAUUCACAUUUUUUACCCUCCACUCAGCAAGAAAUGUCUGCCAAGACUUUCCUACUAAUUCCAUGGCAACUAACCAACACACACUAACCCUCAACCCUACUCCAAACUCUAAUUAAUGCCCCUUUAUAGAGAAAAUAUAUCUUACAAUGUGAGGAAAGCUUAAAGAAAAACAAAGAUUUAAAAAUAACACUUAAAAUAUUUUUUUAAAGCUUUGAACAAACGUUUCUUCCAUGAUCAUAAGAUUUAUAAAACACGGCUCUGUAUCAAAGUUUCUCUUACAAACAAUUCCGCAACAAAAAAAAAAGUUAUUUCUUGUUUGUUUUAAGUCCAAAAGUCAUUUAAUAGGAUUGUAUAAAUGCUCAGGUGUAAAAAAAAACAUUUAAAAAAUGUGCCAAAUUUAUUUGCACAUAGCCCCAUAAUGGAUACCUCCACCGUUCUCAUCCAGACAAUAAACUAUGUUUUCCUGCUUUAUUAUUUAUAUAUUCUAUAAUGAAAGCAUUGCAUAUUAUUUUGUAAGAGCCUUUUGUAAAUUAAACGCAUACGAAAACUUUAGAGAUGAGGACAAGGUCUUAAAUAUUAAUUCAUAAUAUUAACUAAUUCGCUGUACGUCAAUUUUUCUAAAUUUUUUUUUUCAGAUUGUUGCAUUGACCGACUGAAGCAUUUUACUCUUCAAACUUUAGAUGCAAACGACAAAACAGUAUAUCAAUACACUGAUCCAAAUGAUGCACCUCAAAUUAAUUACGCGGUGACAGUGGCAGCUUCAGCUAGAAAUAUUCCUAUCAGGAAAAUCAAUAUUAGAGCUACAAGCAACAUCCUUACUCUCUGCGAGGUGGAAGCGUUUGGAGGUAUUUAGUUACUAGAUACUCGAAUACAAUCUGAGGUUUUGCCGCUUAGCAUUAUUUAUUUCUCCCUUUAAAUGUCAAAACGGAAAGCGAAAGGGUAAACUAAUUUACUGUUGAAUAUUCAACAAAGUUUAUAAGCUAAUCAGUAGUUAAUUUUAAUAUUUCUUUUCGUCGCCUUAUUUUAUAUCUUAAGGCCCAAGAUCAAUGUGUUGCUCAUUUUGGCUCCUAUUUAUGUAGAGGGAAUUCGCGAUGUUUCUGUGCCUGAUAUUGAAGAUGAUAUUUCAAUGGUGGUAGUGGCUACUCAUUAAGUUUAUUAGGAACUGGAGGGUUAGAAGGUCUGAGUAAAUAGACGCAAAAGUUUCAAGUGUUGUCGACUCAACUAUUCCUUUUUGGAAGCUUAUUACAGUCCCUGAUUGUCUUUGGCUGGAAUGAGCAGUUCCUGUUCUGUGUUCUUGCUGUUAUGAGCCUGAAAGCCUGUCAUGGUCCUGUCGCUGUCUGUGGGGGUGGGGAGAUGGACGAGUGUCUGUUUGAUGCUGGAACAGUCGACCAGCCCAUUUGUUAUCUUGUGCAUCACGGAGAGUCAUAAUCGUCGUUUUUACUCCAAUGGUGACCAGAAUGUUUCCAACACCAGAGGUGUUCCUGUAGCGUUUAAGAACAAAGUUUUCUGCACCGCCUCCAAACUCUCGAUGCUCUUCUUGCUGAAUGGGUUCUAGACUGAAGAUGCGUAAUCUAAAAUCGGCAGGAUAAAGUCUUUAUAGACUCUUUUGUUUUCACACUGGAGUUGCCGAUCUUUACAUUUCGCUUUUAGAAUCAUAGGGUCUUGUUUGCGUUUUCUUUCCUUUUUUUUAAAAAACAUCUUUGAUUAGACAAACCAUUUGAUUCAUUUGAAAACAAGAAGAAAAAGCAUAAAAAUAAAACCCAAUGCAAUAAAAAAAAGUUGAAAAUACAUUUUCUCUUCAUGUCUAUUAAAGGCAACAAUUCAAAAAGACCUUAUUAAAGUAACUUCAAUUAAAUCAGGAAUGAUAAGCAAUAUUUUAAUUUAUUUUUAUUUAAUUCACCUUUAAAAUGAUUGUUAAAUAAAAUGAAUUUAGGUUUAAAAAUUCGUAAAUAUUUAAAAGUUUGCUAAUUUUCAUAAUUUGUAUGUGUGUAACUGCUGACCCUUGUUCCAUUUUUUAUAUACAGAUUGUUCACCAGGAUCAUGGGGUCUAGAUUGUGUCCUAUGCGAGGGGAAAUGUAACCAGUGUCAUCCUGAAACAGGCGCAUGUUUAGUUUGUAAUGGUUAUACCAAUCCACCAAAUUGUGACCAAAGUAAGAUAACAAAUAUUAAUAUUUGAAAAUUCUUUCAUAUGGUAGCUAUAACUUUUAGUAUUAUAAUCGUUCUGAUAUGUAUAGUUCAGCUGAAUAAACUUCCUGAUUCCAAAGAAAUUGUCCUAAGCUCGUUACAUCCUGUAGAUACAAGGUUAGAUUCUCUUGAAAAAUACCUUUCAUGACGAGUUAAAAAAAUUGAAAAUAAUUGACACAUUUAUUAAAAUGCAUAUCGCAAAGAGAGACUGUGCAGAUGUGUAUUUGAGCCCUUUAUGUAAAUACUAAUAAAAUAUCCACAGCUUGUCCAGAUGGAAAUUAUGGUAUCAAUUGUGCCCAACGAUGUUCAACAAACUGUUCUCAAAAUCUAUGUGAUGCGGUAACAGGCUUUUGUAAAGCAUGUCCAAAUGGUUACAAAGGAUCUUUUUGUGAUCAAGGUAAUAUUAUAUUUUUAAAAUACACAAUCCUGAUAAUUAUUUCAUUGAUUGUGAUGUUGUCGAAGAAACGAAGCUAUAUACAAAUGUUAAUAUUUUUAAAAAAAUAUAUAAAUAUUACCUGCGUAGGAACACAGGUUGUUUUUUGUAUCAAAUGUAUUUUGUCAUUGAAACCCUAGAGAUACACAUUAAGCCCCUAUGCCCCCAUGCCACAGUGGUGGAAGUUCUUUCAAUGUGAGCUUUUUCAAGCUUAUAGGUUGAUGGGAAGGAAAUAAUCAAAGAAAUGAUACAAAUCUGGAGAAUUAAUAUUUUCAUAGAAAAGUAGAAUUCCAUGUAGCCUAUAGGACAGUUGAUUGCGAGUUUCUACAAGCUACGUUUUUUUACAUAAUAUUCUAUUCUAUUAAAUUGGACAUGUUCGUUAUUUUGAUCUAACUUUAUGUGUCCGUACUCUGCAGCCCGAUAGCAUUCUUGCCUUAAUAGUUUAUAAUCACAUCUCGAUCUAAAUCUUCAUUUUGUAUCGUCAUAUAUAGAGUUAACAAGUUUAUUUUAUCAUUAUCUGUAGAUCUAAAUUGUUAUAUUAUGAAUUGGGCAUUAAUCUAUCUAAAUUUUAAAAAGCGUAAUAUACCUCUAAACGUAGGAAUUAACAAAUUAAAAAAAAAAAAUGUUGUACCGACCUUUGAAAUGCGAUGUAAGUUCCAAUGGUAGAUCGGUCCCAACCCAACUCCCUCCUCGAAAAGGAAAGUUAAACAUAAAUUUUGAAAGUUAUCCUAUGAUGCACGUUUAUAUUUAAACUCUUGUGGGACCUGGGAACGUUGGGUCUACUAGUUAUGGGCAGUUAUUGAAGAAUGUUUAGAAAGUACACCGGCCCAGGCAAUUUUCAUUCAAAAUAUAUUGUUAUGUAGACAACGUGUUUAUGUUUCACUUUCCCCGUGUACUAUGUGAACUCUGUCUAACACUAAAUUAGGCUGCGUUCGUAUUGGACGUAUUGGAUCAAAAGAUCCCUUUGAUCUUGGUCUUUGUUUACUACCACUACAAACUAAAAAUAAUUAAUAUGUUCUAGUAGAACUUUGUUGAAAGUUCGGCGUGAACUAGGCAGGUAAAUAAUGUGUAAGGCUGUUCGAGAUCGUACAGUAGGUUUUGACUUCAAGGGACAAGGGUGUGUUAUUUGUAUCCAUCAUUGUACCUUACUCUUUUGGCACAUUGUACUAACUGUGUAUCGGUACAAGACAUAUCGAUGAUUUUUAAUUAGUUUUUUUUUAUUAUGUAAUUAUAUUGAUACUUAAAUAAAUCUUAUUAAUUGUAAUUAGUACUGUUUUGAGUAUCGUAUUUCACUGUUGUUUUUCCACAUAUUGUAUUGUCUUUUGUUAUGCACUGUUUAGAACGAGCCAUAAUUUAAAACAACAGUUUAAUUUCUCACUAUAGAAGGCAGUGCGUAACAAUGUGAAGAUUUAAGUGUAAAACAGCCACCUGUUAGGAUUGAAAAUUAUUACGCACGACUUGGUUCAAAUAUCAAUUUUACCUCAGAAAUUAAGAUUGCAUCCUUUUUUUUUAAUGCGAAUUCAUUAAGGGCCCAACUUUACUUUGAAGCACAACAAAAAAAGAUAAAAUUGUUUGGGAAAAAUGGAUGUAUCUUAAUUUUUUAAAUUGUUGUUUUUUUCGGCCGGGGAAAUUUAAACUGAAUUUUUUUUAGAUUAAGUAAUAUUAUGUGUCCUUAAAAAUACCCAGUACAUCGCCCACAUUGAUUCGCAAAAAAAAAACCACUUUAAGUGAGGUGUCUGUGUGUGUGUCUGUGUGUGUGUGUGUUUGUGUGUAGGUUUUUAUUAGUGUCAAGAGAGGGGGACAAUAUUAUGGGCCAACACGGAGGCUCAGAUCCCAACUUAUCUACUGAGUACUAUGUGUAAAGCUGGGUUGCCGAAUGAUUAAUCCGAAGCUAGUGGACUCUAAUUCAAUUCGCAAGAUAAAAGCAAAGACAUCACCAGCAAUCGGGAUGGGUGGGACUCCUUAACCUUGGAUGGCAACUGAUCAGGGAAACACUGAAAUCGAACCCGGAGUUGGAGUCCCGAUGAAAAUUCCAACUCUUGCGAUGCAGAACACAUAAAGAGCAUAGCGAUAAUUGACAAACUGCUGGUCUUCUACGCAUCCUGGUCUAUUUCCAGUCGUCUUGACCAAGUUUUGCCUUUGAAUCAUAUAGGCAACGACGAAAGAGUGCGGGCGAAUUGAGCAGCUCUCACUCACUUUAAAGAAAAUACAGCUCAAGUCAAGGCUACUCCUUAAGUCGAAAAUUAAUUAUAUUGUCUUGGUCAUCUUUACUUGCGGAGGGCAAACAAUAGUAAUAAUGAUUUUAAAUAUAGCAACGUAGAUAUGAAUUGUAUGAAAACCAGUGUCAUUCUGUCAAUGAGUAGAAAUUAAAUAGUUAAACAAAUAUAUUAACGGUUAAUGCUAUUGUUUUUGUGGGUUUUGUUUAAAGGAUCAUUAAAUAGAUUAAAACUUUUAAACACUGCUCUUUGGCCACCAUGUUUUAUCAUGUCAUAUUUUCAGUUUGUGAAUCUGGAAAGUGGGGCCCUCAGUGCGCAAACACUUGUAACGAGAGUUGUUGGGAUUCUUCAUGUAAUAACGUCAAUGGAACUUGUGAUUAUGGCUGUGAUGGAUUCAGUGACGUUCCUUUUUGCACUGAAGGUAAAUGUUAUCAUAUUUUAAUGACAUAUUGCAUAUGGUAUUGUUUUAUCAACUGUCAGAAUCCACUUUUUUUAAUGACAGAAAUGAGACAGACACUGUUAUUGCACUCCAUUGUCAUUUUCUGAAAUAAUUUUUCGUAUGUGAUAAUUAACGUUUCCUGAUGCCAUUUGUUAAGUUUGCAUUCUUGGAAAAUGGGGAAAGAACUGUAGUCAAGACUGCAGUAAAAACUGUUAUAACCAAUCAUGCAACCGACUGAAUGGAACAUGUGACGAUGGAUGUUUAGGGUAUUCUAACCCCCCAAGUUGUAACAUCAGUAAGUUUGUAUAUAAAUAUGCAAAUUAUAAUUUACUCACAAGCUCGUAUCAAUGAAUAACCUGAAAAAUCGAUUUAAUUUACUUGGUUAAACAUGCAUUCAAGUAACACAAUUUCUAAAAUUUGCAAUUAGUGCUAAACUAACAACUUUUAAAGAAACUCACAACUCAUUUAGCCCCGUUAUCGGGACUUGUAUUUACUGAAAUCGGUGCCAUCUGGUAGCAUUAGUGAUAUUGUCAAAUAGAGAAUUAUGUGUUUUAAUCAUUGAGUACAAUUUACAAUGUUUCUGCCUCAUACGGCCCUAUUGUACAAUAAUUGCUAUUUCUUUUAAGAAACAACUUUCUUUUCAGUACUAUUUUACAUACUUUAAAAGAGUUAAAUAAUCCAUGGUUUCAUUAAAUUUCAUUAUUUUCAGCAUGUCCAUUUGGAAAAUGGGGAAAGAACUGUCAAGAUCAGUGCAGUUCAAACUGCUACAACACAUCCUGUGACAGACGAACUGGAAUUUGUGAUCAAGGGUGUAGUGGAUACAUCAACCCUCCUGACUGUAACAUUGGUAAACAUAUGUAUAUAUAUUAUGUUCAAUAUAUUUUACUUUAAAAAUGCUUACUAUAUCUACCCCACCCCCAACUAAGUCGUGGCAGCCCAACUCCCCACGCUUUCCUGGACCUUGGUCGAUUCUGUAUGGUAUUAGAUUCGAGAGCUCAGUAUGGAUAAUACUAUAAGGUUUUAUAAACAAAUUACCGUUUAAAAUAUUAUUAUAACAUUCUUCACGAUGCAAUACGAUACUGAUAAAAAACCAUUACAAUUUUUUGUGAGGCAAAUUAUUCUUUACAUUUUUCAGCAAACAUUUUUAUCAAAUGAGGAAGUAGUUCAAAACAUGAAUUCUAGUACGCUUUCUUUUUAUUUUUUUAAAAUUCUUACUCUAAAAAUUCAGAUUCUCUAUUGGUUGCACGAUGAUCAUGUGGUUCAAAUAGAGCCUCUGUCAAAAGUUUGUAUAAAAAAUUCAAUCCCCAGCCAAACCAUCUAAUUUUUGUAAGGAUCGUAUUGUUCCCUACACAUAUUAACUUUGUUACCUGGGGGAAAUCAAAAGCGAGGAAGGUGAUUUAUUUCAACCCGUAAGAUUGGAAACAACUUAUUCCGCCCCCUACCAGUGUACCCUAAUAUAUCUUAACAAAUAAUUAGUUGAAAUUAUGUGUCUCGGAAAAUUGCUUGGUGUGAUUAACUAAGGAAAUAAUGAUAUGAACUUCUAAUUUUAUUAAAACUAAAAACAAAGUCAUUCGAGUGAAUGUGUAAAUAAAUAUAUUUAAUAUUUGAUUUAUAUUCAUUCGAGAAUUGUUAAAGCGUUCAUAAACUGCAUAAUUUGAUCAAAGGCAAUAAAUGCAUGAUUUAAAUAGAUUUAAUGAUGUAUAUUAUAUGACAAACACAGUGAGUGAGAGGGAGAGAGAGUGGUGUUUGGCUUACAUUUUUCCUGACAUUCUUCACUAGAUUUAGACAUCAGCUUAAUUUUUUUUUUUUUUAAAAAGAGCAUGCAUUAAUGAAGGACUCUUUGUUACAUUCUUUCUGACAACAUGUCUCUCAAUAUUCAUAUUCCUCACACAUAUCGCUCUGCAUACACCGCUAUCCGUCAGAUCAGCUCCAUCCGCCACUACCUCACAGUUAGCUCAACAAAAACACCAGUAACUGCUCUUGUUCUCUCUCAUCUUCACUAUUUUAACUCUCUUCUGUCAUGCUCACCAAAAUAUUUCAUAUAAAAUCUGCAGAAGGUUCAAAACUCAGCUGCUAUUCAUCCCUUUUUAAAGCUUCCUCCCGCAGACACGCGUAUUCAUUCUGUUCCCAGAACACGCACUAAAACCUAUGGUAAAUGAUCUUUCUUUACCCCAAAACAAUUGAAUUCUCUCUCACAAAUCUUUCCCAAUAUUACGAUAAUCCCAACCUUCAAACUGCUUUCAAGACCCAUCUCUUCAAAAUUAAUAUACUGACUCCUUCUCAACCCUCGCUAAUAUAAACAACGCUCCACGCUGCUGGGUGCUAUCCAUGGCUAGACAUUGAUAGAUAGUUAUUGGGUGGGUGAGAUCAAGCUUUUCACCAAUUCUGUUUUUAAAUGUAUAAUUUUUGUGUAAUUGCUAAUUUGUUAUCUAAACUUCGGUGAGCCUCGCCUUAGGCUAGGCUACUGCGCUAUAUAAAACCAACUUAAUAAUAAUAAUUAUAUUUAUAAAAUGCAGCUAUAUAUUUUUUUGGUUUAAAUCAAAUAAGGCCUUUAUAGUUUCAAGGGAAUACACUUUCCUUAAAAAAGUUAUGAAAUAAAUAAAUGUCAACACUUGUUAAUUUUAAAUCCUUCAGUUUGUGAUCAUGGAACGUGGGGAGCAAAUUGUUCAUUUCCCUGCAACAACAGCUGUUUUAACGCAUCAUGCAACCACCGAAAUGGCUCUUGUGAUUUGGGGUGUGAUGGUUUCAAUAAUCCACCAGUAUGUACAGAAGGUGAGCUUAUUUUUUUUUCCAAGAGCUAAAGUAAUGAAACAACAUCUCAAGCUCUAACAACAAUUCAUAUGCAAUAUUUGUUGUUGUAUUUUUUUUUUAGUAUGCAAGUACUACUAAUGAUAAAACUCAUUUAAAGUCAUGGUGAGUAAUAUGAUUCCCUUUGGGGGAUGGGGCGUGGGGCUUGGAAGGUUGGGGUGAAUGGGAAAAAGAGACUGGCCAUUUUUUUUAAUAUAAUGCGAGGAAAUAGUGUUCUUUCCGAAUUGUAUAAUGCAGGGUCUCCAAAAUUUUCAUUCCAAUGGCCACAUUAAUUAUCAAGCAGCAGUCCGGGGGCUGACUACACACUGGAGUACUAAAUAAAAAAGAAUCAAAACAUGAAUGCUGUUUGUAAUUAUUUAUUUAAUAUAAUUUUAUUCAGUAAUAAUUUAAUAACGCAUUUAUACACUACAAUUGAACUUGUAUUAGUGGGAAUGGUGAAAUUGUUUCCUGGAUGCCAAAAUAGCAGACAUUUCUGGCCUUAGAUUUGAUGUCCCUAACAUCAACAGUGAUUUGAGAUUAUCAUCGGACAAGUUUAUUCUUAAAUUGUUCUUCACGUAUUUCAUUCUUUAAAAUGUUUUCACACGGGUACGUUGUUACAAAGAUUGAAAGGUACGUUAAUGCAAAAGUUUUGACUUUAGGAAAGUCUUCCUUGUGCACAAACUGAUAAAAACCCACCAGUCAUUCUUUGAACUUGUCCCUAAGGGGUCAUUUGCUUGAAAUUCAAUGACCUCCGGCUGCAGUUCAUCAUUUUUGCAAUGUAGUGAUCGGUUAGAAAACAUAUUGCACUACUACGCGCCACUAUUUUAAUUCGGCAAAAAAAUAACGUCCACGUAAGUGGCGGCUGAUCUUGGCAGGAUACACGUAAAUUUACGUUAUUUCUUUUCCGUAGACGAAAAGUUUUCCACGGGCCGGACGAAAGGGCCUAUCGGACCGCAUCCAGCCCGUGGGCCGUAGUUUAAAUACCCCUGGUAUAGAGUAACGAAAAAGGCACGUACCAAGUACUCUUCUAAAACUAUAACAUUUACCGUCGAAUAUAAAAUCUUACAUCUCUGAGCUUGGGUGAAAUAUAUUUUUUAAGAAUAAAGGCUUGGGAAAAUAUUUUUAAAUCAUUUACAUUUCAUCGUAUACAUGUACAGGAUUGGACAAAUAAAGUAAGUUCAAGAAUGUUUCUUCAAGUGUCAGAAAAGGUGGUAUAAGUCAAAAGACAGCAAAUAUUAAAAAGUGCACUUUAAAAAAAAUAGAGAUACAUUUGUUGACAGAACAUUCAAAAGUAAUGGGAUUAAUGCACUUACAUUGAAAAUGUUAUAGCAAUUUUAAGGUGUGUUUUAUAUCCUAGUUUUCAAACAAAACGUUAUUUUUUUAGCCUUAUUAAAUAUUAUUAAAUGGCUAUUUUAAAGUAUUUUGGAAGUUUUUGUCUCAUUUUUGUUUUUAACUCUUACUAUAUUUUAACUGAAUUUUAUAUCAUUGAGGAAUGAUAAAGCUUAAUUUGUGCUGUCCAAGUGAAUUAGCUUACCCUAUUCCAGCUGUGACUUCGGCUUUCACUGGAAUUGUUAUUUCAUGUCACCCAAAGUCAUAAAAAAAUAUCUCUCAAAUGCCCUCCUUUGAUUGACUGUUGCCCAUUUUGACGGCUUGUUUUGUUUUAAGUUGCUCCUUUUGCCCCCAAAAAGUUCUCGAUAACUGGGGCAUAAUAGUGAGGCUAAAUAAAUUGUAGAGAACUGGGAAAAUUUUGUAAAAGUUCCAAAAUCUGAUAUUGUGUAAUAAUUGAUGGUAAUAUAAAAGUAGGCAAUGUACCUUUUAAUUCUUUGGUUUUUUUUUGGAGUCAAAAGUGGACGAAAAUGCCGCCCAUUUAUAAAAAGAAAAAUAUUCCUUUAAGUUUUUCAUCCCCCUCCCACCAAUGCCACUGGGGUUGACUCAUUUUGAGUGGGCUCUGGGUUUCAUAAUGCAUAAUUACCCCCUCCACCCCACGCCUAAAAUAUCAAUCCCCCAGAUCAAAAUUUCUUAAACAAACACUGGUUAGUUAUAACUUCGGUCCAGCCUAGAUCCCAAAUACUAUUUCCUACAUUGCUUGACCUGUUUAGAGAGAAAUAGAGGUCAUCGGUGCAUUACUUUACCCACGGCCCCCGUUGCUCUUAAAAGGGCCAACCAACUACAAUAAAGAUUUUCAUCUCAUAACGAUAAAACACAAUAUUAUACUUUUUAGCCAACUCUGCGAGUUAAAUUUUAUUGAUUUGUUUUUGUUCUUUUAAUUUGAUUUUUUUUUUUUUUUUUAGAAUGCCCAUCCGGUUAUUGGGGUCAAAACUGUACGUUAGCCUGCAGCUCGCAUUGCUCAAAUGCAUCUUGUGAUGGACAGACCGGAGAAUGCUACCUCGGCUGUAUGGCUGGAUAUUUACCACCUAAAUGCGAACAAGGUUGGUUCUAAAAUCAUUUGUGUUUAUCUUAAAGUGAUCUUCUUUUAUGAUAAGAAAUUAUAUUUUUAUGCUAAACUUAGUUAAUUAAAACACAUUUUUUUUUAUAUUCAUGAGCAGGAACAUUAAUUUUUUGUAUGACUCCUUAAACACGAGUUUUGAUUUUAAUAUUUUAUAUUAUGUGCAUAUUUCUUAAAUUAAGAAAUUAUGUUUUCUUAUUUCAAACAAAUAAAUUAACAAUUUCAACAUCAUUAUCAAUUAAAUUAAUGUUAAUUUUUUUUCAAAUUAUUAUAUUUUGUUGUUGUUUGCAUAGUCUUCAGUAUAAAUAUAUUUCUUUUGAAUUUAAAAAAAAAAAAAUAGGCUGCAAGGAAACCUUUUAUGGCAUCAAUUGCUCCAAAGUGUGUUCCAACAACUGCUCAAAGAAUCAAUGUGAUUCAAAUAUUGGGUAUUGCUUACGGUGUAUAGACAAUCACGAAGGACAUUUUUGUGAAGGUAUACCUAUGAAUCUUUUAACUGAUGUCAAUCCUACAUUUAAGAUGAUCAAAUAAUUUUUGACUAAAUAUUUUUUUAAAGAUUAGUGUUACGAACAUUUUGACACAAAUAAAACAGAAACAUUUCAGAAAACAAAAUAUUUGUAAAAAAAAAAAAAAAAAAAAAAAAAAAAAAAAAAAAAAAAAAAAAAAACAAAAAAAAAAAAAAAAAAAAAAAAAAAAAAAAAAAAAAAAAAAAAAAAAAAAAAAAAGAAGAAAGAAAAUUAUAUUUUUUACUGUAUUACACUUCUUUAUAAAGGAAUUUCAAGUUAUUUUUUGGGGGGUUAAAUUCAAAGUUAGAAAGAAGCAGUGAAGAAAAAGGUUGUCUGACUUGUUAAAAACUAGGAAUAAUUUUAGCUCCCUUGAAUAGAAAUAUAGUUACUUAAUCUAGAUCCCAUUGAAUUCAGCUUAUUUACCAUAAUUCUGAAAAAUAAAUUUUACAUAUUGGGAAUUUUGAAAAAAAAUGGUUCCAUAAAAAGAUAAGAAUGUAAAAGAUAUAAAAUAUAUUUUGGAUGAGUGAAGUUGAGGAUAUUCAGGUGAAUGAUUUGUUGAUUUAUAUAUAUAUGUAUAUUUGUUCCUCAUUACUUUCUACUUGUUGAGACCCGCUGGUCCUCACCGUUUUGAGACCCGCUGGCUCCCACUCUCUCCAUCCCUACCCUACGGGAUAUUGCGUAAUUAGGCUGGGCCUGAAAUUCAUCACAAAGAACAAUAGAAAUUAACCUGCUCAGCUUCCCGACUAGCUCUAAGUUGGGAAAGUUACAUCGCCAAAGCUUACGGCGAUGUCGCAUGUGAUCUGCCCUUACGCGGCGUGGAAGACUAGUACGAAUUCAAAUCCCGAAGCCGAGAUCACAACUGCUCGUACGUCCUGACCGAAAGCCUCACUGGGCAAGGGCGGGAGGCGACGAAAAACCUCCUCCCUCAAUGAGGGGAAGACUUCUGCCCAAACCAAUAUUACUCACAUUUCAAUCAUUUACGCAGGUUCGACUGGCGGGGUUUGGACAAGAUCCUUCCCCGCCGAACGUGGCUUCCUUAAAACGCCCUUGAUACCCAUGGCUGGGAGGCUGGGUGGGACCGAGUACGGCUACAGAUGAGGUGCGUGGACUGCAUCCCCUCCCCACGGAUGUCCCCAUGGGAAAGGCGUCCCCUCUCGCGCGUGUGACGCUUGACAGGCGCGCGCGAGGCCAACAAGUUACUGUUCAAGGCCGAAAGGGUGGGACGGGACACCCACAACAUUCCCUGGUUGUUCUCCAGUUGAAUGUGUGUGGUAUCAGGCAGAAAUCACACGAAGUAACCAAAUUACUCCACGAACGCAAUGUGGAUGUAGGGCUCUACCUAGAAACGUUGCUUCACGGCAAGCUGUUUCACAUUACUGGUUACUCACUCUACCACUGUAAGUGUGAUCGCUGCCAUGGCCAUACCACAGCGGUACGAAAUUACCUCGCAGUGGAGGUCAUUGAGUCGAAACGUUACGCAAACACUGACACGUUGUCGGUUAAAGUCACCAAGUGUGGGAAAACGUUCGCCAUUUACAAUUCUCCCAGCAAUGCGAUCACGAUCCCUACCCACGGGGAGACAAUCUUUAAAAGGACUAUUAUUGCAGGAGAUUUAAAUGCCAAAUCCCCCAUGUGGGGUUAUCCGGAGAGGAACGUCUCCGGUAAGCACGUGGAAGAGGUCUGUCUUGAGACCAAUCUUAUCAGACUCCAGGACGAAAAGAGCGCGCCCACUCUUCUUCACUACGGCCACGGAACGGAAUCAAGGCCAGAUCUGACGCUCGUGUCCGCUGAUCUCGCGGGACAUCAGAAUAUUAAAUUCCUGGAGGAAAUCGGGAGUGACCAUCUUCCCCUUUACUUGAGAUUGACUUAGGUCAGGCCAAAACCAAGUGCGAAAAACGCCACUGGCUCGUCUGGAGGGCCAACUGGGGAAAUUUUGAAAGUCAGUGCGAGACCAAGCUCAGACUAAUAGCAGUCGACGUGGCCGAUUCAGACUUAGAUGUUGCUUUCGAGACGUUUAAUGGAGUUAAAGUGUUGGAGUCUACACCUAUCACGUCGCAGUGCGAGUGACCACACACCGCGCAGUGAAUAUUAUUAGUAAAUAUUACUUUAGCGAUGAGUUUUUUUUUUUUUUUUUUUUUUUUACAGGGCCCUCGCUUUCACCUUUUGCUAAAUUUCUGUUAAUUUUUUUUUUUUUUUCAGAACUCAAUCAACUUUAGCUAAAUGUCUGUUAAUUUUUUAUUUUUUUUCCGAACUCAAUCCCAUUCAACGCCGGGUAUAUUGCCAAUAUAUAUAUAUAGGUAUCCUAAACCAUCAAGUCCCACGUUAAGAUUGAGCCAGAGUAUUCUUUAAGAUGACACAACUUUAAACACCCCGUCCCAGUUCCGUGUAAAAAUGAUAUUUUGCUAGUGUCAUUCUUUUUAGCAGACUUAAAGAUACACUGCUUUUAGUCCUGAAUACUUUGCCAGAAUCAAAAGUUUCUUGAUUAUAAGUCAUUUUUAAUUGUGUGUUAUUCAUUAUUUUCUGUCUUUUUUUCUUCUUUUUUUUUUUGCCCAAAGCAUCCAGCCAAUAGUCUACUGUUUUUUUAUUUUUUUAUUUGGUCUCUCUUCAGGUUGUCCCAUAUCCUGUGUGCUAUAUUUCGUACUGCUUCACUUGAACAAAGUCAUCCCUUUUAUCAUGCUUUUAUUUUUAUACAAAAUUUUAGGGCUACAUUUAAUUUUUCUCACACUUUUUACUCUCCCCAAUGUUGUUUUUAAAGCAUUUUGUUUGAAUUAUUUAUAUUGUCAAGAUUAUCCCAUGUACCGUAUUGAGGGCACGGUAUAUUAAUAAAUAACUUGUCAUUUGUUCACAGCUAUAUCUGCAUCUCCUGAGACACCAGUUGGUGCUAUUGUUGGGUCCAUAAUUGCUGUCAUCGUUAUUUGUGUUUUCAUCUUAUUGGCGGUCGUGUUUUGGAGGUAAUACCGGUAACUGAUUAAGUGAACAUACAUUUUGUUGGACUCAAUUUCAAGGACCAUGUUUUUUUUUCUUAACAUAAGUUGCCAAUGAUAUUUUUUGUAAUUAUAGUCAAUAAUGUAUAUAAGUUGGUCGAAAAGAGAUAAUUUUCUAGCCUAACUCAUUUUGUUUUAAAUUUACAUUUUAAUAAUUAACGUAAAUCAAAGAGUAUGAGUUUCAAAUGUGUCCCUGAUUCCUUUUUUUUUUUUUUAAAAAUCAGAAGACGUCAAGCUUUUUUAAAAUCUAAAAUGAACCAAGGAGUUGAGAUUAAAGAGCAAAACAGAUCUUCAACUUUUGAUCGCAUGGAAUUUAGUGACCUGGAAAACACAAAAAUAGGUAUUAGCCUUUGAGUUUUUUUUUUGUUUUUUUUUAUAUUUUUUUUUAUACACUACUCGUUUUUAGGCAUAUCAAAUUUUAUUUUUUAAGGCACCAUGAGCUCAAAGUUUAUGUAAAUGCAAUGCGUAAAAGAAAAUAGUGUUGUACUGGGCUUCAAAGCUCAAAAUAAUUUAUUGUAGGACAAUUUUUUUUUUAUCUAUUAAGGGGGCAGUCUACCAAAUUUUUUUUUUUUUAAUUAACCAACUUAGAGCAAUUAUUUUAUUAUGGUCAUGUUAAGCUAUGAAUGGAGAUAUAUUUUCAUGCUUUAAAAAAAAAUUAAUUAUAUAUUUGCCAUGGCAACGGUGGCCAUCUUGAAAAUAAUACCCAUUCGUAGAGUUCUAAAAUUUUAAAAACAAACAUACAUAUUGCUUAAAAAUUGAUUGAUUCAUGAACUUCAAUUAUAUUUAGAGGUACUGAGCUAGUUUAAUUUCCUUUAAACUUUUCAAAACAUUUUUUUUUUAAUUUUUAAAAUUUGCCUCGGCAGAAAACGCUUAAAAUUUACCAUCCUAGGAUAUGAAAAAUUUUUUUUUAACAAAAGUAAUUGACCGAAUUGAUUUUUGAAUAGCUCAUUACACACAAAAUAGUUAAAGAAAGAUACACACCAAAUUUUAUUACUCUAGCUUGUAUAUUAGCUGAGAUUUUAGAAUUCUACGUUACAAAACAACAGAAAAAAAACAAUUUUGAGAAAAAUCAACUUUAAACUUUAAAAGUGAAAAAUUUUAAGUUUAAUAUGAAAAUGAAGUUCUUUUACAUAGUUUUUUUUUGUUCAGCAACAUGGACAUGGUGGUUUCUUAUAUUAUUGAACUGUUGAAUGCACUAGGAACAUGGGUUUUAACUUCUUGAACUUCAUCAGGUGCUCUCGUCAAAAUCACAAUUUUAAACAAAAAAUUGUUUUCCUCUGGAAUAAAGCUAAUUUGUGUUGUAUUAGAAUUUUUUGUUCAGCAUUAUAAUAUUACACAAGUUAUCCAAAGUCCCCAAUCAACCCUUUUGUCCAUGAUCCUUUUAACCAUGCUUAGAUGACAAGGUUAUGUUGCUGUCACCAUCACUGAAAUUGAAGCAUAGUUUUAUGGCAGCAAUGCUAUGUUGAAACUUUUGUACCUAUUCUGUGUACUUAUUUCAUCAAAGAUGUCCCUCAUACCAGAGAUGAAUGAGUUAUUUGUCUAUUAGAAAUGUAAUAAUUGGGCAGAUACUUGCUCAUAAAUGUUUCAUGUCUUCGGCAUAGUGCAGUUUUUAUACUUUGUGCAGGUUGUAAAUGUUGCGGUGCAGCUGGAUUGUUUAUCGCAGAUAUCAUAGAUUGCAACUUUUCGUAGGCGCCCGAAAAUAUCUAAAAUUUUUAAAAAUUGUCCAUUUUUUUAUUUUUUCAUUUUUACGAAGAUGAACAUUCUUAGAAGCGAUUACAUAUCAAUUGAUACUACUUUUUAAAAGAUUUUUUGUGAAUUAACUGAUAUUUAACACCCCACCCCACUCUAAAAAUUGACCUAAUUUUGGAAAUAAAAUAAAAUUCAUACAUAUCCCAUGUUUGAGACCUCAAAAAACUAGUUUUAAAUAACAAAAUAUGCUAUUAUUAUAUAUCAACGUAAAGGUAAAUUCAAUUAUUUAGAAAGUGUACGGUGUGCUUUUAGGGCUAUUAUCAACAAAUACAUCUUGAUCUUUUUAAAUUUAUUUUGGCUACCAGUGUUUUGCUUUCACUGACCCUUUCUAAAUCUGGUUGGGAUAAUAUAUUUAUUGAGCAUACUUCUUUUUUUUUUUUUUUUUUUUUUUUUUUUUGUUUUUUUUUUUUUUUUUUUUUUUUUUUAUUUGGUUUUAUUUUGUCUCUUAUUUACAACAAAUACCUCCAAUUCUAUUAUUUUAAACUGGUAACUUUUGUAAAAUAUUCAUCAAAAUUAGUGUUUUUUGGAGUUUUUUUUAACUGUAUUAACUCAGCCUAUGACGUCCCUACUUAAAUUCCGAUCGUCAUCUUAAUAGUUGAAUUAAUUUGUAAAUGUUUACUGGUUUACUGUUGUUGUUUUAUAAAAAGACAAAAAGUAACAGCAGAAGAUCGUUCUCUGAUUAAAAAGAAAAAAAUAAUAUUAAUUGAGAAUUAAAAAAAAAAACAAUGGGGAGUUAUGCGACUUAUUAAUGUAUGUUUACAUAAAGAAUGGAUUAACACAAGUCUUAAUGAAUUAGUGCUUGGUUAAAUAAAUUUAAUGAGAUGGUUUGAUAACAUGAAAUUCAGUAAAAGGAUGCCUGAAGUCAGUUAGAUCAAUGCACAAGUGUGAGUGAGGUGAUCUGCAACAAUUACGAUGAUCCUCAAAGUCACACGAGUCCAUAGACAAUGGAAGAAUACACUGGAAUAUCACGAAGAACGUUGCAACUUAUUGUAAAAUAAUAUCUUCAACUUCAAAGGUGGAAACGCGUAAUAUGGCAGGUUAUAAAAAAAAAACUGCAAAUUGCAAAGCCGUGAACGAAGUCAAGAGUUACCACUUGAUAGGUUUCCAAACAAGAGACAUAUACAAGACAGUUGGUUUGGAGACAAAACACGCUUAUUCUUGCCACACCUAUUUAUUCUCAAGAUGGCCAUUGCUAUUUUGAAGCAUGUAUAAAACAAAAAUUUCUAGCAACGAUACUCAUACCGGUACGUAAAAAUAUUCAAGUCAGUCAGGACGUUAGAGUCUCGGUCGGUGUGGUGUUUUUGGAAAAUUCUAUUUCAAUAAACAGUUUCUGGCGGAGACCCCGGACCCCUCUUUAGCUGGAGGGUAUCGCCCCCUCCCAAACCCUCCUUGAGGUGUCCCGUUUUUUUCCAGUUCUUUUUUUGGUCACCUUAUCAUAGACCAACAUCUUAACUUGUACCGUAAUAUAAUUGGAUGUAUUUUUUCCAAGUAACACAUAAAUUGCGAAUUACUAAUUCAAUUAAAAUAGUAUCUCUUUUAUGAUUAAUUUACAUGAAGCUGUAAAAUGUAUAAAAUAAACUUCUAAAAUAGUUAAUAUAGAUAAAUAAGUAUUCCCAUUAUAAACAUCCACUGUUCCUAGAACUAGAUCUGAUAAAAUUGCAUUACUUAGUUAGUUAUGUUAGUAUUGUAUUAAAACGAUUACCAAUGUUUAUAUUAAUGUAGAUUCAAAGAUAUUAGAUAAAAGCUCUACUUUUCCAGCGGCUGAAGCGAUUUACAAUAAUGUCGCAGCUUACAAAGUUGUUGACAGCCAACCUAUUGCUGUCAAAGAUCUGAGCACAUUUUUGCAUUCCCAUAAAAUGGAUUACUUUGAAAACCAAUAUAAGGUAUUUGUUUCUGGAAGAUAGUAUCUAGACUCUCUAUGUCUAUGUCAUGUGAUAGAGGGCUAUACUGAGCUUAUACUUUGAUAAAGAAUGAUAGACUUGGCAAGUUGGAAAAAUAGGGUAGUGUAUAGUAUAAAUAAAUAAAAACAGCUCAUGUUUUAAUUUUCAUAUGUAAGCCUAAGCAAAGAUUUGUGAUGGUUGUAGAUAAUUAGUUUAAAAAAAUAAUAUGGUGCUAUUUGAAAAUUAGUUAAAGGCAAAAUUAUUAUUUUCUAGAAUAUAAUAUUUGGUUAAGUAGUCUACUUUUAAUUUUCAGAUUAUACAUUUCUAAAUAAUUUAAAAGAUUAAUUUUAAAAAAAAUAAUAUUUUAUACUUAUAAACUAAGUAUCCAUGCUAAUCCAACCAAAAGUUUCUUUUAUUAGAAACUAAUUUUUUUCCAAUAUUUUUGUACAUUUCUGUGCCUAGCAACAAUUUAUAUUAAAUUUCAACAUGUUAUGCAGAAAAUACCAGCACCAAAAAAUGUAACAACAGAAAUGGGAAUGAAUUCGUUAAAUAAGCACAAAAAUCGUUACAAGAAUAUUUGCCCAUGUAAGUAAAAGUUUGUUUUUUAUAAUUAAAAAUUCAAAUUCUAUAUUUUAAAUUUAUAUUUGAGGUACUGGGAAAUUUUUUUAUUUAUUUCAAUAAAAAAUAUAUUAUAUAAUAGCGUCUUCCCAACUUUAUCCUUUUAUUUUAUUACUUUAAUUUUAACAAUUUCUAAAAUUAAGGAAACUAGACAUUUGGUUCCCAAAUUUUUAAAGUCACCCAUUACACUUUCACUAAAUCACAAAUUGACACUUAAAUACUUAAACCCCCUGAUCUUACAUUAAAAAAAAAUUAAGAAAUUGUGUAUUGUAUUGAAAAUAUUAUUUUCAUGAUUAUUUAAUAAUUACACAUCUGAAUAAUUACACAUCUGAUCUUUAGAUGACCAUUCUCGUGUCCAUUUGGAGAUAAACACAACAAAGAAUGAAGAGGACUAUAUCAAUGCUUCUUAUGUUGAGGUAGCCUACGCUUUAAGUCAACUUUAUCCAUUUAAUUCCAACCAAUUUUUAAUUUAGUCAUUUCAAUUUUAUUAAAUAAAAUAACUUUUCUAACAUUUUUAAAGCAGUGUUAGCAGAAGCUUAAUUAAAAUAUCAUUGUUAUUCUGUCCGCCUUUAUGGAUAUGACAAUAAGGCCUCAUAUGGAGUAAUCUACUGAACAGUUUGUGAUACAUCAGUUUGUCUGCCUUUUCUUUAUUUUUUCAAGCACUUUCUUCCACUGCUGGCUUGCUGGACCUGUCAUAGCGAGUUUGCAUUGGAAUUUUCCUCUCUUUGUUAGAGGUCUGGAGUUUGUUUUUUUAUAUUCUCUCUGGGGUUCCAAAUUCAGUCCACAAGUUACUAUUUCUUCAUUAAAUUGUCAUUUGUCACAUAUUCAUGCAACAGCCUAUUUAAAAAAAAAAUUAUGAUGCUGCUUAUUUUAUUUUUUUUAACAACAGAGAUACAUUAUAUAUAAAGUUAUUGAAAAGAGAGACUGAGGAAAUACUUUGUUGUGACACAGAAAAUUUGAGGGACCAUUAUCAUAAAAAUAACACUAAGGAAUUUGGAAUCAUUUCUCAUUUUAUCAGUUGCCUUAAAAAAAUUUUUGCUUGCUUUGAACAACAUUUUUCACUUCAUAAAACAUCACAGCUGUUAGCUGUUGCUUAUUACUCUAUAACUAUUAAAAGAUUUCCUUUUAGAUUUCCACUAAUUUGUUCUCAUAAUUUUAGUUGUUUUAUAAUCUUAUUUUAUUACUUUCUCAAGGGCUUCAAUAAAGAUGACAAAUUCAUUGCCUCACAGGGUUAGUAAACAGAAGGUUACCCCUUUAAUUAAUAUAUGAAACAAGCCAUUACUUUAAACAUCUUAAUAUAAAUAAAAUGGUUUCUAAACAAAGUUGUCGAUUCCCUUGUAUCUAUUUCUGCAUUUUUUAUUAUUUGUAGGACCAAACAAAGUCAUUCUUAAGGAUUUUGUAAGAAUGUUGUGGGAACAAAGAGUUGAUAAGGUUGUCAUGCUCACAAACCUUAUUGAAGAGGGAACAGUAAGUAGCUAAUCUUAAAAGUAACAGUCUUCUUUAAAUCAAAAUUUAUUUUUUAUAAUUUCCGUUUCUGGAAAUCUAUCCUAAAUAAAUAAGUAAAAUUGAUGGUUUUUAAAAAAAUGUCCAAUUAAAAACAAAUACAAAAUGGCUAGCUUUUAAAUCUAUUUUCAUAAUAUUAAAUUAAGUCAUUUUUAAUCUAUGCUUUUUUUUACUGUAAAAAAAUAUGAUAGGUUAAGUGUGAAAAAUACUGGCCAGAUGAUGGAAUUUUACAAUUUGGUGAAAUUCAAGUGAAAAUGAUUUCCACAGAAACUUUCGCAGACUAUGCCAUAAGAGUUCUUGAACUUUCUAGGGUUGGUGUCCAUUUCUCAAACAUGGUUUUCUAAUUUAUAAUUUUCACAUUUUAACUUUGUACUUAAAUGUGUUAAUUGCUUUCUUUGUUCUAUGCUUUAAUGGUUUGAUAAAAUUAUUUCAUUUGUAAAUAUUUAUCUCUAAAGAUUAAAAUAUGUUACAUAUUUAAUCAAAUAAAGUGGUUAAAAGAAUUGAUAUUGUAGUUUUUCUAAUAAAUAAAAUUCAUAUGUUGUUUAACCUUUAAAAAAAGUAAACAAUUUAAUGAACCAGAUGAACUAUAGGAAAUGAAUUUAUUUAACUUUAGCCUAGAGAAGCAGGUCGAACAUUCACUCAAUUUCACUUCACUACUUGGCCUGACAAGGGUGUACCUGAAGUACCUUGGGGUUUAGUGGACUUUGAACAGAGAGUUUUUUCUCAGCCUACAAGCAGGCCAAUUGUUGUUCACUGCAGGUAUUUAAGCAACUUUUAAAGUUGAGACUUCAUGUAAUGUUUUUAUUACCACUACAACUCUUCAAUUUUUUAUUUAAUAGGCCUAAAUAGAGAGGGCUACAUCAUAAUGCUUCUUUCUUUAUUCUUUUAAGAAGCAAACUACUAAGUUAAUAAAAAAAAAGUGCUUUUAUAAUUAUAUGAUUUGAUGUCAUAAAAUGUUUGUUAGCUAAGAACUUUCAAUGUGUUAGAGAAGCUUGAAUAUAAGCAUUUACAAUUUGUUAAAACAAAUUUAAUUGCCGAUUUAAAUAUGUCUAGGAAAAUAUUAUUGAACAAAUUACUUUUUAAAAUUCAUUCAAAGCAUUUUCUACUCAUCCAAGAUUCACAUCAUAUGUAAUCACAAAUUGUUAAAGAAACACUUUUAUAUUUAAUCAAUUUUUAUUUAUGUACCAACUGUUUGUAUUUGUAUUAAUAAACUUGGAAAAUAUAUUCAAAACUGAUUUCUUACAUUGCUACACAGUUCUUUAGGCAAACCUUUUUUAAUCAGUUUAAUACUGCUGUUCCUUUUGCUACUGAUUCAAAAUUUCAUCAAAAGUAUUUAUAUUUUGAAUACAUGUUGCUAGAUUAAAUAUCAUUUUAUACCAAGCUCUUUACUAAAUUCUAAUUCUAUAGAAUUCAUCAAAUGAGAAAUUUUAAUGUAAUUCCCAAGCCAGCCAAAAACAUAUAACAUAACAUUCAUAAAGCUAAUGUAAAAAAAUAUAUUUUUAAAAUACAUUAUGUAUUUUUUUUAUUAUAUUUUAUUCAGUGCUGGAGUUGGCCGUACAGGGACUUUUAUUGCACUUCACAACGUCAUGAGAGAAGCAGAGCAGACAGGACAUGUAGAUUUUUUCAAAACAGUUGUCAAAUUAAGACAGGACAGAAUCUUAAUGAUCCAAACAGCAGUAAUUUUUUUUCUAUUUACUCACUUAAUUUUGUAUGACUAAAAUGUACCUUAAGGCUUUGGAAUUUGGGGAUUUAAAUUAACACAGGUAUUUGUUUAGGGUGAGUAGACAAUUCCCAGAGUGAGGCUUUGAUUAUCGUGCAUCAAACUCUUUAGGACCCUUAACCCCUCCCCAUGCCGUUGAGCAUUUCCCUUAAUCAAAUCUUAACUGACCCACCUGGACCACACUGGCAUUAAACCCAUAUUUCAAAUACUCUAAAUUGGCCUGAAACCCCACACUCAGCCACCUUUAGAUCAUCCUCCCAACCUUUUUCUCAACAUCUCCUCUCACCUAUCUGCCAACUUUACAUUUUAUUUUAUCACCAUUAACCCUAAUCUUAACACUGUACGCCAAGCAACAUGAAAUAUUGCAUAUGUGAGAUUUCACUGAAGCUGAUUAUUUUUUUUUUACACCAUUAAGAUUUCACUACUCGAAAUAUUGUUUACCUUUGUGCUAUCUUCAUUUAAAUUUAAGCUACUGAUUUUAAAUGAAUUGUUUAAGCAUCAAAACAAAAAAAUUACUUUUAUUUUAAUUCAAUAAAAUGCUACUUGGAGUAGUUUUAAUUUUUUUAUGACUAGUACAAUGUUUUUUAAAUAUAUUUAUAAGGUUUUUAUCUGUAUAUUUCAUCUUUCUAUUUCACCAGGAGCAAUACUGGUUCCUACACAAAGCUGCCCAAGUUGCCAUUUUGUGCAUUGGCACAACAGUAACAUCUGGUAAUAUUGUAGGGAGAAUUAAACAUUUGGAAGAGACAUCUUUGACAGGAAAAACUAAAAUGGAGGCUGAAUUUAAAGUAAGCAAAUCUAAAAGGAACAUUACAAUGUUUGUCAUAUAAUGGAGUUAAAAGCCAAUAUUAUACAUUUUGUAAAAUCUUCUUUAAAUAUUGCUUAUAGUUUAUGCCACUAGAUGUUGUUUUAAUGUAUAACAUAGGAGUUGUUGGUGAAUUUAUUAUGAUAUCACAUGAUCAUUACUUUUUUUGGAGAAGUUAAUUUUUAUUUUUAAGAAAAAAGAAUUAUUUAAUGGGGAAAAAGUAUUUACGAAAGUCAGGUGCUAGUGCAAGUCCCUAUCACCACUCGUAUCAUAAAUGAGUCCUUAGCUACUGGUAUUGUUCCAUCAUCUUUUAAAGAGGCGAUCGUCACUCCACUAUUAAAGAAAUCAAAUCUUGACCCAAAUGUGAUGGAAAAUUAUCGCCCCAUCUCAAAUCUACCAUUUAUAUCCAAAAUAUUAGAAAAAGUCGUUCUCCGCCAACUCCUGGAUCACCUCAUUCAAUAUGACUUGUUUGAACCAUUCCAAUCAGCAUACAGGGCGCAUCACUCUACUGAGACAGCCCUGUUGCGCGUCGUAAACGACCUUCUGUCGUCUUGUGAUGAGGGCCAGGUAUCGAUUUUGUCUUUACUCGAUUUAUCGGCAGCUUUCGAUACGCUUGAUCACGGCAUACUGCUCCAGCGUCUGCAAAAAACGUUCGGUCUCACUGAUACCGUCCUGAGUUGGUUCCGAUCAUAUCUGACUAAUCGGGUCCAGUCAGUUAUUUCAAACGGCCUGACUUCGAAAAAAUCAAAUAUCGAAUUCGGAGUACCCCAGGGCUCGGUCCUAGGCCCGGUGCUUUUCACGAUGUACAUUCAGCCCCUGGGCGCAGAGAUCCAUCAGUUUGACAUGCAAUACCACAUGUUCGCAGACGACACUCAAAUUCAUCAAUCCGUGCUCCCCUCUAAGUUCCCUCAGCUGCUCACUAUGACACAGAAGACAGUUGAAUCAGUUAAACUUUGGAUGACCAUAAAUAGUUCCCUCAGCUGCUCACUAUGACACAGAAGACAGUUGAAUCAGUUAAACUUUGGAUGACCAUAAACAAGCUCAAAUUGAACGAUGAUAAGACUGAGCUGCUCCCCAUCGCGACAGCUCAGAAGCAGAAAUCUGCAAAUAACACGACAUCAAUUACUCUCUCAGGUGUGCGUAUUGAGUUAGCUGAAACAGUGCGGUACCUGGGCGUCUACCUAGACAGAAGACUUACCUUGGAAAGUCACAUUAACAUGCUAUGCAAGGCGAUUUUUCUAGAGCUGCGCAGGAUUAGCCACAUCAGGCCCUUCCUAACAAUUGAUGCAACGAAGAGGCUGAUGUCUGCAUUUGUGCUAUCACGCAUGGACUAUUGCAAUUCUCUCAUGGUGGGUCUUCCAGCCAUGCUCAUUGAUAAAAUUCAGAUAGCACAGAAUAAUGCGGCUCGAAUUGUUCUCCGCAAAAGCAAGUUCGACCAUGCAAAUUCAAUUCUGAGAGAGUUGCAUUGGCUGCCGGUGCGUGCUCGCAUAGAGUACAAAAUCGCAACUUUGUGCUACCGCUGUCUACAUGGCCUGGCGCCAUCCUAUCUGAAAGAGCUGCUGACGCCUUAUGUACCAACCAGACAACUCCGCUCAUCCGACAGUGGCAAACUCUUUACACCACGUGUUCGCCUUGAGACUUGCGGAAAGCGCACUUUCGCGUUUGCUGGUCCAACAAUUUGGAACGCCCUUCCACUCGAUCUCAGAAACAUCCAGACACUGGAGUCUUUUAAAACCGAUUUAAAGACACAUUUAUUUCGCAAACACUUACUGGGAUGAUUGUCUACCAUAUUUUCCAUUUAAUGCAUAUUAGAUGUGUUGCUCACGGUUGAAAUGGGUUGAAAGACUUUGAAAUCGUAUGCUUGUAAUUAGUUUUUGUAGUGUUGCGUUUGUUUUAAAUGUGGUAAAUUAUAGAUCUGUUUUUUUGUUGACUUUGUACCGCGCUUCGAGCCUUUGGGGAUGAAGCGUGUUUUUGAAAUGAACUUUAUUAUUAUUAUUAAGUUUCUUUUUUAUAGUUUAAAAAGUAUAUUUAUGUAUUUUUUUUCAAAAGUUCAAAGGUUUCAGCAGAAGAUAUCACAAUAUCUACCCUGACCUAUGCUCAUAUACAUGUCUUAAUCAUGUAUAUCAGUCUCAUCAGAAGAUAUUGUAUAAAUCAAUUUAUAAAUGAGCCACUAUGCAACAUGCAAUGUUAAAGUAGUACCCAAAAAUUAUUUAAUUUAGAAGAAUUACAUUUGUUAGGGCACAUAAUCUUGAGUUUUUUAAUGUUUUUAGAACUCACUUUCAUCAUCUGCUAAAUGUGUUUAUAUUAUUAUGUUUUUAUUUUCAAAUUUCUUUACAACUUCAUUUAAUACUUAAAUAUAAAGUUUAAAAAAAUGAAUGUUGAGCAGAUAUACAUUUUAAAAUUCAUUUUACAUCAAACUGUUCUUUUACUUUGAUAUUAAUUUGUUAACUUUUUCUCUUUAGGCAGUCUCAACUGUUUGUGAAGAUUCUAAACAGGACUUAAAUAAUAGAGCAAAUGAAUCACCAGAAACAGAUGGAAAUGUUUACCAGAACAGUGAUGAAAUAAUUGAUAAAUUGAAAAAUAGAUUUUCAAACAUAAUUCCUAGUGAGUAUUUGUAUAAACAUAAAAUAUAACAGAUGAAAUUAUGUAAUAUAAAGCAUCAUUCCAUUGAUGCAUGGAAAAGAUUUAAAUUUUAGUGAAAUAAAAGGGUGAUAAAUGGAUCAACAAAAACUUUGAUAAUUGUACAAUACCAUUUGACUUUGCACAUGAAGUGAGUGUUUUUAAAGUGUCUGUGUAAUCAGCACUAAAAAGAUAAUUCUAUUUAAAAAACGCCUAUUAGUAUUUAGUGUAAUGGAUAUUUGUUAAUGUUAUUGAUGUACAAACAAAAAUUAACACAUUCAAUCAAUUUAAACAGGAGAAGAAUACACCCAAAUUAUGAUUUCCGAAAUUUUUAUUACUUUGCUUGUUAAGUCAGUUAUCAGGUUUUUUAGAAAUAAUCUAUUUGAUUUGGUUGUAAGUUUGACUUUUUCUUGUUUGUUCUUUUCUUUGUAACCAACAGAUCAGAAAUACAGACCCUUCUUGGCGUGUGAGACAAGAGACAUGAAAGAUUAUAUCAAUGCUGUUUUUCUGCCAGUAAAUUCAUUAUAAUUUUAUAUCGAUAUAAUUAUGUGUCAAUUGAUUUAUAGGAAUAUCCUUUUUAUAAGUAAGAACAUCUAACCAAAAUUUUUUUCAAAAUUCAGCAUAUUGUUAUCCCUUUAUUUGUAAAAUAUCUUUUUGUCCAGAGUUGAGAAAGUGUAAGGAUUUAAUAAAAAAUUAUUUAAAAUAAGUAAAAAGGUUAAUCGCGCAAAUAGAAGAAAUGAUUGCUACAAAAAUAAAAAUAAAAAUUCAUAAUUUUUUUUAGGGUUUUAAGAAAAGAGACCAACAACUGCUCACACAGCUUCCAAUGCCCAAAACAGUUGUAGAUUUCUGGCGGCUAGUCGCACAGUACAGUAUUUCACUUAUUGUUGCUUUUGAUGUUGAUGCCAUGCUGACAGAUGAGGUAAGGAGGAAAAAAUGUGUAAAUACUACUGACAAAUAGCUUCUUUUAAUAGAAAUGUUAUUGGAUUUUUUUUUUUUAAAUUUAAAUAAAUAUGCAAAUGUUAAAAAUUACUUUGAGAAACUCACUUUUAGUAAGGUAUUAGUUUAAUUUGCUUAAUUUUAAAAAUUUUUAUUACUGUCGUAAUUAGUAGAUCCAUCUUUUAGGUAUUUUGAAAUUUCUGCAAUCAUUGUAUCUUUAUGUUUUAAAUAUAAAACAAAGUCAUCAAUCUUUCUCCCCAGACGUUCGGUCACUAUUUACCACAAGGUGCUGACCAAGGGCUAAAAUGCUCACCAUUUUUAAUCACAUUAAAGGAUAUCAAAAAGUCAACUUUAUGGGAGGAGCACAAACUGAUGGUAGAAAUAGAAAUGAGGAAGUCACUACUGUCCCCCUCACCAAAUGUAAGAUUUUCAGACACAAAUUGCUCUCUCUAUCCUAUUGCAUUGCUACUACGUUUAUUUGGAUUGAAUGAAAACGAAAUAAAAAUUCAUUGGAAAGCGGUAGUUUUUUUUUAACCCAUACACAAUGGUCUAGGAUGUGAAAUUUAGCUCAGAGUUAUUUCAUUAAUUAAUAAUUUAAAAUGAUUUUUUUUAUAUUAGCAUAAAGGUAUAUGACAUGCAGGAGUAUUAACAAAUUAUACUAAACAUGAUUAAAUGAUUUUUUUUUCCUCAUUUAAUUAUGUGCAACAAGGCAAUAAAGAAAAAAUCAAAUGAGGUUUGUUUGAAAAUUUAAAACAAUGUUAAUAACUAUGUCUUUAGCAUAAAAUAAUUUAUUUUAAUAUAUUUCCAUCUCAGAACAAUGAGCGCCAAGAGGUGAUCCACCUUAAAUGUUUGUUGACAGACUUGGACCCUGAUAAGCUUCUGUCCAUUCUAAGACAGAUCAGGUCUUACAAUGCACUAACGAAUGGCAGAAUUGUAUACACUUGCAGGUCAGUCUCCAUUAAAUUGUGUAAGUCAAAAGUUUUGUUUUAGUUUUUUUUGUUGAUUUUCUUUUUACAACCAUUCAUUUUGUUGAUGGGAAAUGGCAAAUCUUUAGGUGACACAUAAAACAAAGUUAUUCAAGUGUUGUUAUUAAUUGUUUUAAGGCUAUUUUAUUUAUGUGAUGGAGCUUUUACAGGGGAAAACUGGUAAUUGAUUUUUAAAAAAAACUCUAUUUAAAUUAGGGAUGGUGCAAAAUACAGUGGUCUGGUCUGUGUGCUGUCCCUGUUACUGGACAGAAUGGAACACGACUCUUGUCUCACAGUUCCUCUGGUUGUUGGCAUGAUAAAGACCAUAAGGCCGGAGGUCAUUCCAAAUUUGGUAAAAAAUUGUUUUAACCGCUUUUUUGUUUGUUUUAUUCUUUGAAACACUCUACGACAUUUAGAGAAUCUAAUUUAAUUUAUGAAUAAAAAAUUAGACAUAACUACAACUUUCAUGGGCAGAUCAUUUAUUUAGCAUAACAUUUAAAAUAUAAGAUUUAAAAAGAAUUCUUUUAUAUUUAAGAAUCUGUACAUUUUAAUGAAGACUUUUAAGAGUGAUGGUUUAAUUUGCUACCACAUAUUCCUGGUACUUUGUGCCCAAUGACCUACCAUAUGUUUCCAUAUAAUUGUGUGAAGCUAAAAAUACAUUUUUUUUUAAAAAUAUAUAUUGUAGAUUAAAUUUAACAGCAACUAUUAAAACAUAAAAUGUUCACAGGAUCAGUACAGAGUGCUCUAUGAUGUACUGGGAAGAUAUUCUGACAACACUGUCACAUAUGGUAACAUAGGGAAUGUUGCACAAAAUGGUGCUGUUGUGUCAAAAGAAAAUGCAAAACCAUCUUUCAAUGAGGAACAACAUACAAACAUAUAUGCUAAUUAUUGAUUUGAAUUCAUCAAGCUGGAUGAUGGAAAUAUUUUUAAAAAAAACAGAGCUUAUUUAAAAUUUUAAAUGCUUUAAUAUUAUUUAUAAUGGGCUGACAUUUUGAUCACAAUUCAAUCUUAACAGUACAAAUCAGUUCAUUUUAAAUUAUUUGUCAGCUAAAUGACUUAUAAAACACUAUCCACGAUAUUGUAAAAUUAUUUGCUUUGAGACUUAGUACAAAUGAAUAAUUUUUAUAAUUACAUUAGUAAUAAAAGUUUCAAAUAUUAGAAUAAAGAGAUUUGUUGACCAAAAACAUACCUGACACAAAAACAAUAUACCACUGUGAACAAGCCUUUAGUUUUUUGUUUUUUUUUCCACCUUUGUUAGCUUUUAUCCUAGAUCUGUUUGCAUCUUUUAACUUAAAACUGACCUUGACUGCUUUAAAGUAGGCCUGUUGCCAAAAAGAAGUUCUACUAGUGAACUGGUUGCAAAAUUCAUUAUCAUAUAAAUUAUGUGAACGCCUGUUGCAUUAUUUAUUCAGCGUUAAAUUAUUCAUAAAAUGUAAUUAAAUAUUUUUUUAAAAGAAGUUGUGUUUAUAUUCUGUUACAUGUACCGGUAUAAACUAUGUAAUUUUUUAUGUUAUUUUUUUAUUUUUAGUCAUUAGUAAUAAAAAUAAAAAUAAAAUUUUGACAAUCGAGUUAAAAUAAAAAAUAUGUUAGAUUGAGCAUUUAAUUGGAACCACAAUCAAACUUGUGAUUUAAAUAAGAUAAGAUAAGAUGAUUUUAUUGAUCCAAAAUCAAUGGAAAUCAAUUUCUCUUAAGUACUUUGCACAUAUUGUUUUCAGGUUUUGAAAGUCUUUGUCUGAGUUUUUACAAUUCUCUCCGAAAUUUGCCUGGAGCAAUGUGUCUGUGAGGUGUGCAUACUCUGGAUUGAAUCAUUAUAAUUGUUUUAUGACCUUAUAGCUUGCUAUUCUCGUAGCAUAUUCUUGAUAUUUUGUUAUAACCAUUUACAUGUGAUAAUCUGAACAAGCUACAUGUGUCAGUAUUAUAUGUGAUAAUCUGAACAAGCUGCAUGUCGUCAGUAUUACACAGUCAUAACAAAACUUUUUAUUCAUAUAUUUAGAUCUAAGAAGCAUCACCAAUGAUUGGACCAAUGGUGCCUUAUUAUUUCACCUCCUUUGACAUUUAAUAUAACUCAUAAAUUUUGUAUCUGCAUAUCAUUAUCUCAAUAUUAUAUUAUAACAGAUUAUAAGAUUUUAAAUAAAAAAUAAUCCUUUCUCCAAAUCGUUUCUUAGACAAUAAACAAAUCAGGCCAAGUUGAACCAAUUAUGUUCUUGCAUAGAACAUGUGUGAGGUCUGCAGGGCUUUUCUUUCACUGAUAACGUAUUGUAAUUGUACUUUAUUUAUAUUUAUGCUAUUUAUUACACAUGUAAAUACUUAUGGUCCUUUUGAUUAAAAAAUACUGUAUUUUGACUAUUAAAAUAAAGUAAAAACCAU